CCGCUCAAAACAAAAGCUCGGCAACAGUGAUCUCCGACGGUCGCGUGACGCGGUGUGUCUCGUGAUGAUCGCGGUUUCUUGACUCUCGAUCGCACGCACGCAAUGUGUGUAUGUGUGUCGAUGAGUGUGUGUGUGUGCGUGUGUUUGCAUAGCCAAAUUGAGCGUCAAACUCGAGGACUUGUACCUCCAACUCUCGGUGCGCCAGUUCAACUUUGAUCCAAGAGGAAUUCCUUUGCGCUUUAGGGAGUGCCCCGUGCGCGACUGUGGCAUACUUGUGUUGACAUAGCUGCGUUUUGCCUGUUGCGGUGACAAACCAGAGAGAAGUGUGCAGCAAGCGACCAACCCAACAAUAGUGUGAAUUGUUCCGCUUGUGGUGACGGGUAAAGUGGAAGUGGAGAAGCAAAAGCAACGCCACAACAUACAAAAGCACAGUGAAAUCAUCUGCAUACCGACCACAAAAAAACGGAUGGCAGCAUUGGUGUGUCAGUGAUUUGCAACAUAACGGAUCUCUCGCGCUCUCUGUCUCGCCGUAUCUCGCUAUGGUGCGACCCUUGGCCGUGCAGUAGGCGACGAACGGGCCGCGGGUCUGCUGGAGAACGAACGUGAACGUGAUCGUAGUGUGCCGUUUGCUGCGUAGGAGAACCGUGUGGAAUGUGUAGUUUGAAGAAUGCAAGAGAAACGCAGCACGAUCAUGUUACACGGUGCUGGUGGUGACGACGAGCGGCGGCAGUGUUGGCAGUGAUCGUGGCCCACCAUUAAGCCACACCGCGAGCAGUGUGCAGCUACGGUGCUGGUUCGAAAGUGACAGUGCUUUGUGGCCGUUGGAAGUAUUAGUUGGGGAUUGUGAGUAUUCACGUAGUGUUGUGGCUGUUGUAGUUGCCGGUGAAAGCGGCCAACGCUUGACGGCGCUCUUGAAGCAAGCAAGUGGUCAGCAGCAGCAGCAGCACCACCAGCACCAUGGAGGCGGACGUACUGAACGCGCUCAACACGCAGACGGCGUACAUGCCGGGCGGUCGGGAUCGGGACGGACAUCCGCUCGUGGUCAUACCGGUCCCGUUCUACGACAAUCUGCCCUGGAUGAAGGGAUUCCUCGAGACGACGGUCAAGUACCUGUUGGCUAGCUUAAGUCCCGAAACGGUCAGCAGUGGACUCGCCGUCAUUCUCGAUGCACAAAAGUGUUCGUGGCGCUCCACCCGCCAGUACAUACGGCACGUCCAGCAGCUGUUGAGCUGUGAGCAGAUGAACAGCUUUCUCGUGAUCCGGCCCGAUGCGUUCUGGGACAAGAAUCGGGUGGAGAACUGUGCCCGCCAGCAUCGCAAGGGUGAGCCAACCAUCAUCUCCAAGUCCCGGUUGGGCAAGUACUUUGACACGAGCGAGCUACCGGAGGAGCUUGGCGGCAUCAUCGCUUAUAAUCAUGAGCAGUGGAUACAAUCCCGCGAGCGCAUCGAAGAAUUUCGAAAAUCCUACGACAAAGCGAUGGGCGACCUAGAAAACCUGCACCUCAUCCUGCUGGACAACCGGACGGUGCGGGCCAGCGAGUCGACCGCGGCCCUCAAAUCGUGCCAGCAGCUGUACGGGGAUGUGCAAAAAUUUCUCUCCCUAGUGAUGGACGGCGGCAAAAAGCUGCUGGCCCACUUGACCGACCUGCACAGUGCCAAGUCGGCCGUACCGCAGGAUCUAACUGAUGGCAAGACGCAAGUCGAUCGGUUGCUGAACGCACUCGAUCGCAAGCAGACCGCCACCAACCAGGCCUGGACGGAGCUGGAACGCACGGUCGAGGUGCUGCAGGAGUUGGCCACCCUGGAGGAGGGCGUUUCGCACGUGACGAGCUGGAUACUGACGACGGCCGAAUCGAUGCUGAAUGCACAACUACGGGUCGGACAUGAUGUCGGUACGGCUGACCAGUUGCGGCUGGAGCACGAGAUUCUGGAGCUGCAGUGCUGGCAGACGUACGGGUGUUACGCGGAGCUGCUGCACAAGAUCGACCACUUUCCGCGGCGCAAGGAUACGCCGGCUUAUCGGGAUCUGCAGUCGCAGCGCGAGUGGAUGGACUUUGUGUGUCGCAGCUUUGCCCAGCGGCUGGAGCGUCGGCGCAAUGUGCUGAUCACGUCGGUGCGGUUCUUCCGCCUGGUGGCUGAGUACUUCGAUCGCACGAGCGAGGUGUUUCAGUCGCUGAUUAUGGGUGAGCGGGUGGAGGACUACGCACUGGCCAGUGCCAAUCUGCAGAAGCUGAAUGAAAACCAACGAAUGCUUGAAAUGAUGGAGAAGGAGAUCAUCAAGGAGGGCGAAAAGCUGAGCGAUGUGUUGCUGAUGCCGGUGAAGGAUGCGGUAGGGCGUGACAUCGAUGUAGACUACAGCGAAGACAUAAGCAACGUGCGCGACAUUCUCGAUGCGACCCGGUCCCGGUCGCGCAUCUUCGCCGACAGCGUCGAGCUGCAGAAGCUGACGCUCGAUCAGAUCACGCACAUCUUCAAGUACGAGCAGGACGCCCGGACCGCGGUCAAGUGGAUGAGCGAUCUGCACCAGGUGAUGCUGCGUUCGCACGCCCAUGUCGGUGCGACGGUACGGGAGAUCCAAUCGCAAAAGGAUGAACACCAGACGCUGCAGGAGACGGCCAAGGGCACGUACAACUAUGGCUGCCAGCUGCUGAACGCGUCGCUCGCCCUGCGCCAGUCGUGCAAGCUCGAGACGGCGCAAAACAUUGCCAUGACCAAAGCGCUGCAGCGCACCUGGCGAUCCUUCCAGGCGGUGGCGCAGGAGCAGAUGACGCGGCUGCGCGUCUCGGCCGUCUUUCACCGGAGCGUCGAGGAGCAGUGCGUGAAGCUGCGCGAGCUGCACGAGUGCGUGCUGCGGAUCGGUGAGAUCGCGGAGCAGGGCCGCCGCCGGGUCCGGCUGCGCAAGUAUCUGGCGACGCGCGAGCGGCUGCUGCUCGAGGUGGGCCGCAUGGUGCGGCUCGGCCGGCUGCUCAAGACGCGGCUGAAGGAACCGUUUCUCCUGGACGACCGGCUCGAUGCGAUGGCCAGUCCGGAGAAUAUCAUUACCGAAAGUGAUAACAUAAUGGCGUGCGAAGCGAUCUCGACCCGGCUGGCGGAGGUGGCCCAGGUUGCGGAGGCCCUAGACAGUGUGCUGAGCGAUGUGCAGGGCGGCUUUGACGACGAGGUGGAAGAGCUGACCAGUGCCGAUGCUGGACAGGAGGUGGCCGCCGGCAAACGCAGUGACAGUGGAAAUCAAAGUGAUGACUGGAGCUCGAGUGUAAAGUCAACGGAUGAUGGAUCGUUUGUGACGGCUUCGGACUGCAUCUGCACGCCCCAGUCACGGUCCUCGUCGUACCAUACCGCCUCGGAGUGUCGUGCCUCGCCGUGGUGGGGCGUCGAGUCGAUCGAGCGGCAAAGUUCGCUCGGGAACGAUUCCGCCGAAGAUCCCGACCCGGAAGCGUUCCCCUCGAUCAAGCUGCUGUCGGGCGUGGUGAUGACUUCGAGUGCGAACCUUUCGUUCGACGAGUCGGAGCACAGCUUCCCAACGCCGGCCGUUUCGCACGGUUCGGCCAGCGUGGACUCGGACGAUACCGUGCCGACGGUGUGCUCGCCUACGAGUGCGAUCGGGACGAGCUCCGCCUCCAGUUCCGCCCUGAACUCGAUCAAUCGGCGGGAAAAUUUGGCCCUCUCGCUGACGCCGGAAGAGCUGGAGCAGAUCGAGAACGACAUACGGAACAACAAUCUGCUCGCGUCGGUCGGCAGCGACGGCACGGUGGAGCUGGUGGGCAAGGUCCAGGAGCUCCAGAGCACGCAGGUGACGCCGACCAGCGAGGACAGCGGGAACAUCGGGGACGCAUACUUGCAGAAAACUCGCGCAGCGCAGUGCGUCGAGCGGACACUCGCCGAAUUUGCCGACCGCCAGUCGGCCGUCAGUAAUGAGUGGGAAAGCUGGAACAGUCGACGACGCACGGAGACAACACUGAAGCAAAUCAUGGCUGCCAACAUGGAGACAUUGGCCGUAGCAUCCAAGCUGGAGGAGCAGCUGUAUCCGCUCUUCAGCACCGCCCUGGACAAUCCAGCCGAUCUGAUCGAGUUUAUCGGCCGCAAGCGUACCCAGCUGCAGCAGGAUGUGCAGGCCGCCGAAGCCGAUCUGACCCAGCGCUUCGACACGAUCGCACAGCUGGAGGCGGCCGGUGCCGACCCCGGCACGGAACAGGACAUGGUGGCGGUGAAGAACAACCUGAACUCGAUCAAGACGAAGCUCCACACGCUCGGGGCCGACUUUGGCGAGCUGUCGGACGCGACCGAACACUUCCUGCGCUCAAUCCUGCAGUGCCGGGACAGCAUCCGGGAGUACUUCGGCACCAAGCAAACCGUGACCGGUCCGGGCAGUGUGGAAGCGAUCGCGGAGGGCUACGAGCAGUUCAAGCAGGCCACGAUGGAGUACUUCCGCGGGCUGCUGCAGCAGAGCGAGCAGAUCAUCGAGCGGGUGAAGGCGCUGGAACCGCCCGGUGCCCGCGAGCUCGACACGGACAAGAUCAUCACGCUGCUGGAGAACCUGCGGACGUACUUCGAGUCGCAGACCGAGUCGGAGAACUGUGAGCUGAAGAAGCAGCACAGUGUGCUGGCGUGCGACCGUGAGCUCGGGGAGGUGCGGGCUGCGAUUCGGGCGGAGGCUGAGCGGUUGGAGCGGACCCGCGGACAGUACGGGGAGAGUGUGGCCGAGGCUCAGUCCGUCCGGGUUGCUUUCGAGGAGCGGGCAACAAUACUGCAGGAUCUUGAGCGUCGUAUCGAUGCAUUUAUUAGCUCUGGAACGGAGCUCGUACGCCAGUACCCCGAGACAAGCCCUUACAUCGAGUCGGAAACGCACAAGAUACGCAACGAGUGGACGGACUUGCUGCGCAAGCUCGAGGAGCACCGCCAGCUUCACACCAUUGCGAUCGAGUACUUCGAGCUGAUCACCAUUAUUGAGGAACAUUAUCGCACACUGAACGCGGAACUGAUCAACGCCAACAACAAGCUCACCAUACUGAACAACGCCGACGUGGCGAACGAUCUGGUCGCUCAGGUCGACAGCACGAUCCGCACGCACGAGACGAGCCAGCUGGACGCGCUGAAGAAGAUCGCCAGCCUAUCGACCCAGCUGUACGGUUGCGACAAGACUGUCACCCUGUACACGGAAAACACGAAGCUCUUCCAAACGUUCUACAAAAUCAAGACGGAGGUGUACGAGCGCUCGAAGGAGCUCGGCGAGGAGCAGGCCCGUCGGGAAGAGCAGCAGCGACAGGAGCAGCUGCAGCGCGAACAGGAACAACAGCGGCAGGAGCAGCUCAAGCGCGAACAGGAAGAGCAGCAGCGACAGGAACAGCUGAAGCGCGAACAGGAAGAACAGCAACGCUUGGCCCAGCUACAGCGGGAACAGGAACAGGAGCAGCAACGUUUGGAGCAAAUGCAACGGGAACAGGAACAGGAGCAGGAGCGAUUGGCACAGCUCCAACGAGAGCAGGAACAAGAACAGCAACGUUUGGAGCAACUCAAAAGAGAGCAAGAGGAAGAGCAGCAGCGACUGGAGCAGUUAAAACGCGAACAGGAACAGGAGCAGCAGCGCCUGGAGCAGUUGAAACAGGAGCAGGAGCAAGAACAACUGCGUCUCGAGCAGUUGAAGCGAGAACAAGAGCAGGAACAGCUUCGCAUGGAGCAGCUCCAGCGCGAGAAGGAGCUGGCAAUGCGACAGCAGCAAGAAGCAACCAUUGUAGAGGAUGUCCAAAUCACCACCACAACGUCUCACGCUGGUUUGCCCCACCAGCAGCAAUCGUUUGACGUGCAGACGAUCGACGAGGAACAGUACCUGCAGGAGCCGCAAGUGCCUUUGGUCAUCCAAACGGUCGAGGAGCAGGUGCACGAGCAGAUCCACGAAGUCGUUACCACCACGUCGACACUGUCCACCGCCCAGCCGGAAGCGAGUCUGCGUGUCAUUCAACCGCUGGCCGACGUGUGCGUCCAGGAGGGUCAGCGCGUCCGGCUGCAGUGUGUAGUGGCCGGCGUUCCCGACCCAAUGAUCGAGUGGUACAAGAACGGCAUCAGCGUGCAGGGCAAUCCGGACUAUCGCACCAGCUUCGAUCCGGCCAGUGGCGUGUGUACGCUCAUGAUCGACGAAACGGUCACCGCAGACAGUGCGGACAUUCUGUGCCGUGCCGCGAACGAGGCCGGCAUUGCCGACACUACGGCUCGGCUGCUGGUGACGGAAGCGCCUCCACCACCGCCCAAACCGGCCGGAACGGCACCGACGUUCACGAUGCGCCUGCUCGACGGUGGCGUUGCCCAGGAGGGCCAACCGUUCCAGUACGACUGUGUGGUAACAGGCCAGCCGACACCGACCGUGCACUGGUACAAGGGCGAGCAGUGCGUGGACGGUUCGCCCGACUAUCGGCAGUCGUACGAGCCGGCUUCGGGCGUUGCGUCCCUGCGCAUCGAGCAGGUCUAUCUCGAGGACCAGACGCACUACACCUGCCGGGCGGUGAACGAUUGCGGCUCGGACGAAACGAGUGCGUUCCUCACGGUCAAGCCGCUGGAGCCGACCGAGUUUCCCAACUUCCCGGAACCGCUGUCCAACGUGAUGGCCCGGGUCGGCCAGAAGAUACGGCUGGAGGCGAAGGUGAGCGGUACGCCGCAGCCGGAGCUUAUGUGGACGCACGACGGCAAACACUUCACCAACCGCGAGGUUAAAUUCUACUACGAAAACGGCCGAGCGCAAUUGGUCAUAGACGAGGCAUUCCUGAAGGAUGCUGGUGUCUACACGCUGACCGCCAAGAAUAUCGCCGGUGAACAGUGCUGCUCGUGUAAUGUGGUGGUGAAGGGUCGGCUACCGAACGAAACCAGCGACUCGGAACUAGCAAGCGAUAUGGAGCCAGUGAAGCCCGCGGUCCAGCUGCCGCUGCGCGAUGUGUCGGUGUUCGAGGGCAAACCGGUCCGGCUGGACUGUGUGAUUGUGGGCCAGCCGGAGCCGGAGGUGAUCUGGUAUCAUGGCGAGCGGCCCGUGAAGGAAUCGAACGACUUUCAGCUGCUCUUCCAGGGCGACCGCUGCUCGCUCGUGAUCCGCGAGGCGUUCCUCGAGGACGCGGGCGAGUACCGGGUAGUGGCUAUUAAUAGCGCGGGCGAGGCGUCGAGCCAGUGUGCGGUGCUGGUGACACCGCUCAAUACGGCCGAGCCGGCGGUCCGGCAGCCGGUCGAGCGGGUGCUGCCGGCGGUCGGUGCCCCGCCGCGCUUCGAGCGUCUGCUCAGCGACAUUCUCGCGGACGAGGGCGAGCGGGUGCAGUUUGAGUGUGCGGUCAGCGGUGAUCCGCGCCCGUCGAUCCGCUGGUACGUGAACAACCGCGAGAUCCCGACCGAUGUGGCCGUGUCGCCGCGCGUGCACUGUGUCGUGCGGGACGAUGGCGUGGUGAAGCUGAUCAUUGAGCGCGCCCUGCCCGACGACAAGGGCGUGUACACGGUGAAGGCCGCGAACGCGUCCGGCGAGGCAAAGUGCUUCUCCAACCUGAUCGUGAAGACGAUCAAUGCGCCCGAGUUCGAGACGGUGCCGGCCUUCCUCACCGAGAGCCUGGUGUGCCCGACGUUCCGCGAGCUGUUUGCCGAUCGCGUGGUGCGCCAGCACGAGCCGACGAAGUUCGAGUGCAUUGUGGUUGGCAAGCCGCAGCCGAAGAUACGCUGGUUCUUCAACGAUCAGCCCGUGCAGGGGCAUGACUUCCUGGUGUCGACCAGCGGCGAUCGGCAGGUGCUGACCAUCCCCGAGGUACGCCCGGAGCUGACGGGCAAGAUCACGUGCUACGCCGAGAACGAGGCCGGCAAUGCGCAGUGCGUCGCGAUCGUGCAGCUGCUCGAGCAGCUCGGCUCGGCCGGACCGGCCCCGAUGGCCACCCUGCCGGCGGCAACAACCGAAUCCAUGCAGCAGAUCGAUACGACCGGUUCGGCCUGCGUGACGCUGCAGAAGCACGUCACGACCAGCUCGACGACGAGCUCCUCCUUCUCCUCCUCAUCGAUGGUCCAGCAGAACGGAGUCGCCCAGUCGCACGCGGAGGUGCACGCCGAGUCGGCGAAGCUGGACCGUUCCUUCCACCAGGUGGGCGAUCAGCCGGCGCAGGUUGCCGAGGCGGCCGAACAUCAGCGCUACGACAAGGUGAACGAUCUGCCCGCGACCGUCCAGCACGAGGCGUCUUCGUACGUCGGGGUGGCGCCGAGCCACGAGACGAUCAUUGCCAACUCGGGCCAGAUCAGCACGGGCAAGCCGGCGCGGCGCAACAUGGCGCCACGGUUUGUGACGCCGUUCAAUGGGAAGAUCGUCGACCAGGGCGCUGACGUUAUCAUCGAGGGAAUUGUGGACGGUUAUCCAACGCCGGACGUGCGCGUCACGAAGAAUGACGCGGAGCUGCAGCCGGAUGGGGAGCGCGUCAAGGUGUCCUACUCGCUGAACAAGAUCGUGGUCGAGCUGAGGAAUGUGUCGCCGGCCGAUGCGGGCCGAUACACGGCGACGGCCUCGAAUGCGGCCGGUGCUUCGACCAGCACUGCUGAUUUGGUCGUUAAAAAGUCCAUCUUUCCGCCAGUGUUUGGCAGACGGCUGCAGGCCCAAACCGUGCGCAACGGCGACCGGGUCGUGCUGGACGUGGAAGUGUCCGGCACGCCCGAACCGUCCGUCGCCUGGUUCAAGGACGGGCGGCCGGUGCAGGACGCGUUCGCCCCCGGCAGCUACGCCCUGCAGCAGGUCGGGCCCUGCUUCAAGCUGAUCUUCGAGCAGGUGUCGCUGAACGGCACGGGCACCUACAUGGUGCUGGCGACGAACGCGGGCGGCGAGGCCCAAAGCACGGCCGACAUUGCCGUGCUGCAGUGUGAAAGUGCGGCCCAGCCGGCGCCCCAGCCCGCGCCCCAGAAGCAUGUCUCGUUCGUGGACAUGGUACAGCAGCAGCAGCCCCGCUCGGAGGAGGCACUCGAGGGCGAGGGCGGUGGGUUCAGUGCCCGGCAGGAGUACGCGAGCGAGGCGAAGCUGCACGGGCCGACGACGGAGUCGACGAUUGUCACCGAGACGCGCCGCACGACCGAGGCGACGAUGCGCAUGGAGCACAAGAUCAGCUUCCCCAAGCUGCCCCCGUUGCGCCUGUCGCAGCGCACGCAAACGCCCACCGUGCCGACGGUGACCGAGGGCACGAGUCCGAUGAGCGCGGCUGACCCGCCGUCGGCCGGGCAGCAACAGCAGCAGCAGCAGCAAUGCGCGGGCACCAAUACCGACCCGAUCGCGACCCGCUCGGACGCAACGCAGACAGCGCCGACGACGAUGACGGUCGACGUGCCGACGGCACCGAGCGUUCGGCUCCCAGCUCAGUCCGAAUCGAAACGGGAGAGUAGCAGCAUCAGCAGCAGCAGCAACAGCGUCACCAGCACCGUUGUGCGUGAACGACCGCAUUCGUCAUUCGAGCCACUGUUGCAGCAGCCGGCCGACGUCGGUGAACUGACCUCGGCACCACUGUUGCCGAUCUACCAGCAGCUCCCCCAACCGCAGCCGCAGCCAGUGGUCAACGCACCCGCCCCGACCCAGAUGUACUCGUCCUUCUCCUCGACGCAGCAGUUCCAAGCGUCCUCGACGCUGUCGCAGCAGCAGUACUCACAGUCCUCGAUGCAGUACCAACCGUUCAAGCCGUCCCUGGCGGUGGAGGCCCCGGUGCGGGCGCCUUCCCCCGCUCCCGUGCCGACCUUUGUGCCGGCGGCGGCGGCCGCUGCUCCACCACCCCAGAGCUUCCCGCCGAAGAUCACUCCCUUCAAGCCGGCGCCGGCUCCUGCUGCACCGGUUGUUGCUGCUGCCCCGGCGCCAAUGUUCGCGCCAGCUGCUACCCAGCAGCCGCUGAACGUUGGCACGUCGGCUCCAGCACCGACCUGCACCUUGACGCCGAUCGCCGGCGCUACUCCGGCCUUUGUGGCUGGGCCGUCGUACAACCAGACGCCACAGCCGUUCAAGCCGCUGCCACCGCCCGCGAUUACACCCAGCUCGCUCGGUAGCGCUGCUCAGCCUUCUGUUGCUGCUGCUGCAGCAGCACCGCUGCCAACCGUCAGCCAGCCAGCGUAUGCUGCACCGCAGCCACAGCCCCAACCGCAAGCCUUUGCCGAGCCUACUGGGCCGGUCUCGCUGCCACCGUAUCAGGAGCCGCUGUCCUUCUCGUCGAAACCGGCGGUGGAGCCACUGUAUCCUGGUCAGCUGGGAGGCUAUCAACAGCCACCGCAGCCUCAGCCACCACAGCAGGUACAGUACCAACAGCAGCAGGUUCAGCAGCAGCAGCAGCAGCAGCAGGUGUACCAGCAGCAGCAGGUGUACCAGCAGCAGCAACAGGUGUACCAGCAGCAGCAACAGGUGUACCAGCAACAGCAGCAGCAACAAGUGUACCAGCAGCAGCAACAAUCACAGCAGCAGUACUACAUGGAGCAGCAGGACGAGGAGGUGUACAAGAAAAAGUCCGUCAAGGAAACGAAGAAGCUGUUCGAAGAGUCGCUGCUGCAGCAGCAGGCCGCGUACGGCGAGCUGAAGGCACCGCGCAUGGUCCAGGGCGUCCGUCUGCCGGUUGCGGCGGCGGCCCCACUGCCCGCCGACUUUGGGUACGGUGCGAUCGCGGAGCUGGGUCUCGAGCCAGGGCCCCAGCCGACGAUGGGCUACGCUCCGAAGGCCUCGAGUGAGCGCAAGAGCUCCUACUACCGGGAGCAGAUCGAGCAGUCCCUGCUGGAGAGCAUGGACAAGGAGCCGGAACGUGUCCCGGCCGGCGGUGUCAAGAUUAUCCCGCCCAGCCCGCGCAAGAAGUCGAAACCGGCAGCGCCGGCGGGACAAUCUGACACUGCAGGGGGAGUGCCUGCCCCACUCGAGCAGCCCGCAGAGCCGCAGCAGGGCCAGCAGGGUGCCACGACCAAGAGCCCGUUCACCGCCACCGAGAGCGAGUACGAGAGCGACAUGGACGGAGUGACUGGUGCCCGCCGCCAGAACGGCUACCUGGCCGACACGGAGGAGGUCGUGCAGAAGACGGCAGCUGUCACCUUCGAACAGCAGCAGCAGCAGCAGCAGCAGCAGACGGUGCAGACGGUUGAGAGCUUCAGCAGCUCCAGCAAGGUUGAGUCACACUCGUCGGUCGUCAGUGAGGUUGUGCAGCAGCAGCAGCAGGUCGUCGAACAGGUUGAGCAGAAGGUGGAACAGGUUCAAGAGCAGCAGCAGGUGACGUCAGAAGAACAGGUACAGCAGCCACAGGAGCCGCAGCAACCAGCGCAGCAGUCCGAGGAAGUGAUCAUCUCGUCGUCGGAAACCGUCCAGAAGGAAACAACGGUUGAGGAGAGCAAGAGCAACUUCCUGGUCAACAACGAUCUGCCGGAGGACUUGCAGCCGGUGAAGGUGCUGCCAACGGAGGAGCCACUGCCAACGCUCAAGCAUGUGCCUGUUCCGGCCGCCGUACAGCCCGUCCCAGAGCCGGCCCCAGUGCCCGAGCCGACCCCGGUGGAACCAGCACCGCAGCAGCUGCAGCAACCAUUGCCGCAACAACCACGACCCGAACCGAUUGCUUCGACUCCGGUGCAGCAGAACGGCUAUCCGACGCCCAGCCCGGCCCAGCCGUUCCUGUCGGACUACGAGAGUGAUGCCGCGGCUCCGUCGCUGGCGGGCUACAAGCCGGUCCAUCCGGUGUUUGCGCCGCCGAAGCAGGAGUUCGCCACGGGUUCGGCUGCACCGCCACCGUCAGUAUUCGACCCUAUCGACAAGAUUCAAGCGAGCCAAAUCAGCGCCCCAGCGGACGCACCAAAGAUCGAGAAGCCAAAACCAAUCAGCUACGUGCAGCAGCAGCAGCAGCAGCAGCAGCAGCAGCAGCAAUAUCAGUCGUACCAGCAACAGCAGACCUCAUCCUUCCAGCAGCAGCAGACCUAUCAGCAGCAAUCGUACCAGUCGGUGCAGCCGCCGGUGCAGCAGUCGUUCCCGCCGGCGGUGCAGUCGAUGCCGGCCCAGUACUACACCUCGGUCACCGGCCAGCCCGUCACCAACACGAUCGAGACCACCAACUCGCUGCAGAUGAAGGAGAUGACCGAGAGCAGCAACCGGGUGCUGAACAUGCAGCAAACGAAGCAAACUGCCUACCUGCAGCGACCGGGACGCUUCACGCCGGGCGAAUAUCGCGACAGCGAUGGGUACGAUAGCGAUGGCAACCGCAUCCGUCCCCUCUGGACGCCGAACCCGUCCGACAGCGAUGAGCCGCACUAUCGCAGCGUGCGGCCGAACUUCCAGCAGCCGCGCUCGACGAGCCUGCCGCGCCAGUACGAGCGCAUCCAGACGCCGAUGGAGUUCGACACGCUGCCGGUACAGAUGCCGACCAAGAUCGAGCUGUCGGCGGGCGGGGUGGAGUCAAGCCACCAGCGCAGCAGCUCGCUGUCGCGCCAGAGCACCGAGAUCCAGACGACCACCACGAUGACGACGGAAACGCUCAAGACGCAAACGCUGGACCGGUACGCGUCGAAGCGGAUGGCGACGGCCCCGGUGUCGAACUCGCGCGAUGACAUGGCGGUCAAGGCGCACCGGGUCGCGCCGAUCAACUACAUCCAGAAGCAGGCGGACGGUAUGGCCCAGUCGUUCAAGACGAAGGCGUACCAUUUCAACAACGAGGUCAUGACGGACAUCAAGAAGACGCCGAUCAAACCGAUCCUGAAGAACGCGUACGGUGCCCCGAUGCCACAGCAGCAACAGAUGGCACCGCCACAGCAGCAGCAGCAGCAAGGGUCGGCUGUCCCACCGCAGGUCUACCGGGAAGAGUCACGAGUAUCGCAAUAUGAAGCAUCAUUCCACUGCUACAAGGAGCUAAAACCGAACGGACAGCCAGCGACGUCAACCCACGACGGCACGAAUGGAACGACCGUCGUCCGCACGGUGCUGGAGGAGACGGACACGAUCGAGAAGACGUACCGAUCCAUUUGCCUCAUACAAACAUGCGAAGUGCAACAGCAGCAUGGUGGCUUCAUUCAGCAGAGCGCUACACCGCUGGCAUCGAUCACGCCCGGUCUGCAGACACCAACUGGAGGUGCUCCGUUCCAGCAACAGCAGCAGCAGCAAGUGCCGCUGCAGCCGCAGCCAACGUACGGCAUGGCGGCCCCAACGCCCGUCCCAGCCGGCGCCCCUACCGGCGACUACUCGCCGCCGGUCUUCGAACAGAUCUUCAAGAACUCGCGCUUCGCCCAGGGCGGCAACGCGCUGUUCGAGGGCAAGCUGAAGGGUAAUCCCCGGCCGGAGGUUUCGUGGACUCGAAAAGGCGCACCCCUUCUCGACUCCGCGAAGCACCGGCUGAGCUACAACCCGGGCACCGGGGCCGUCUCGCUGAUGAUCAACCAGAUCGGACCGGGCGACGAGGGCGAGUACACGUGCAAGGCGCGCAAUGCGGUCGGCGAGGCGAUCUGCUCCGUGUUCAUCCAGCCGGAGGGCAUGGCGACGCCGCAGUUCCAGCAGGUACGCCGCGAACAGCAGCAGACCACCGUUAAGCAGCAGCAGCAGCAGCAGUACACCAACGGGUACUCGCACGUGGAGGAAGAGUUCAAGGUGGACACGUUCGAGUACCGUCUGCUGCGCGAAACGUCCUACAGGGAGUCGAUCACGCGGCGCUACGCCGGCGAAACGGACGCGCAGCUCAUCACGACGGUCGAUCGUGCGCUGGGACCGGCCACGGCCCCUCAGAUCGGUCAGAAGCCGCGCAACUCGAAGCUUUCGGAGGGUUCCGAUGCGGUGUUCAGCACGCGUGUGCUCGCUAAUCCGCGUCCGCGUCUGUCCUGGUUUAAGGAUGGGCAGCGCAUCAUCCCGUCGGCGGACAAGUACGAGGUUAGCUACUCGAACCAGCAGGCCAUGCUGCGCAUCAAGAAUGUGAGCGCGCGCGAUUCGGGCCAUUACACGCUGCUGGCCGAAAAUCCGCAGGGAUGUCAGGUGUCGUCGGCGGUGCUGGCGGUCGAGCCGGCCCAGGAGCAGGUGGCUGUGGAGCGCGCUACUUCCUUCUCGGAGCAGCAGCAUCAACAGUUCCAGCAGCACCAGGUCAUUGAGACUUCGACCGAGGCUACGAAAGCGCUGUCGCCGUCGUUCAUGACGCUGAUCCAGGACGCGGAGACGACCGAGGGCAAGAUGGUACGGUUCGAUUGCCGCGUGACCGGUCGUCCGUAUCCGGAGGUGGCCUGGUACAUUAACGGCAACCUCGUGACGGACGAUGCGACGCACAAGAUCCUCGUGAACGAGGCCGGCAACCAUUCGCUGAUGAUUACGAGCACGAACCGCUUCGACCAUGGCAUCGUGACGUGCGUGGCGCGCAACAAGAGCGGUGAGGUGGCGGCCCAGGCCAAGCUGGUCGUGUGCGAGCGCGAGCAGGUCGUGGCGCCGAAGUUCGUCGAGCGCUUCACCACGGUCAACGUGAAGGAGGGCGAACCGGUGCGACUGUUUGCGCGUGCCAUUGGUACGCCGCUGCCGCGCAUCACCUGGCAGAAGGAUGGCAUUCCGCUCGUCCCGGGGCCGGAGGUGCAGAUCUGCAACGACGAGAACGGCUGCACGACCGUGGACAUCCCGCGGGCGAAGGCGUCCGAUGCGGCGUGGUACCAGUGCACGGCACAGAACGUGGCCGGUACGACGGCAACCCGCGCUCGGCUGUUCGUCGAAGCUCCGAAGGGACCGGAGCCGGAGCAGAAGCGUCUCAAUCUGCCACGCCCAACGAAGGUCAUUCAGCCGGAGGCUGUUCCGGAACCGGAAAUUAUCUACCUGCGCCAUGUGGAGCGAGCUGCUCCGCAUGCGCCACCGAAGGAGGAGGAACGCACCUAUCCGCCACCGAAGUUCAUCGUGCCGCUGAGCGACGUUGCGCAGGUUGAGGGUGGCAAGGUGCACUUCGAGGCGCGCAUUGAGCCCGUCUCCGAUCCUUCGAUGCGUGUGCAGUGGUUCCUGAACGGCAAUCUGAUCCAAGCAAGUUCGCGUGCAAACACGACCUUCCAGUUUGGUUUCGUAGCGCUGGAUCUGCUGACGAUCGUGAUGGAGGAUAGCGGUGAGUAUCUGUGCCGUCUGUCCAGCUCGACCGGAGUGGCGGAGUCGCGCGCCAUGCUGAGCGUGCAGCCACGCCCGCCGAUCGAGCAGCAAACGCAGCACCCAUCGUCGCUGGAUCAGAUCCAGCAUCUCGAGGACUACUCCAAGUACGUGCGUACCGAGAGCAUCGAGGAGGUCGUCAACCAGAGACCUGGCUUCACGCGUCCGCUGCAGGAUUUGGGCGAGCUGGAGGAGGGUCGCAAUGCGCACUUUGAGGCGCAGAUCACGCCGGUCAGCGAUCCGACGAUGCGCGUCGAGUGGUACAAGGAUGGACGCCCGAUCACGGCCAGUUCGCGUAUCACGGCCAUCUUCAACUUUGGCUACGUUUCGCUCAACAUCAUGCAUCUGCGGGCGGAAGACGCCGGCACGUACACGGUGCGGGCGGUCAACCGUAUUGGCGAAGCGAUCAGCACGUCGAAGAUUUCCGUCGUCAGCAAGGCGCCGGUUACCGGGGACUUGGGCAUCCAGGAGCAGCGCAACUACAUCCAGAAGAUUGAGGAGCUGGAACAGUACCAGAAGUACCAGAACAUGAAGUUCUACGAGGAGACGCCGGAGAGCACGCAGCGCCCGGAGUUCAAGAGCCCCAUCUCGGACCAGUUGAAUGUGCGGGAGGGUGGCUUUGCGCACUUUGAGGCGCGUCUGGAGCCGGUCGGUGAUGCAACGCUGCGCGUCGAGUGGCUCAAGGACGGUCAUCCGGUGGAGGCGAGCUCGCGCAUCACGUCGUUCUGCAACUUUGGGUACGUGGCGCUGACCAUCAAGCAGGUUACGGUGCACGAUGUCGGCACGUACACGUGCCGUGCGUACAACUCGCUGGGUGAGGCGCACGUUUCGGCUAAGUUGACGGUGCUGACGCGCCAGGACAUCAUUGUCGACUCGCAGACGAGCCACAUGGGCAUGGAGAAGAUCCAGUAUCUGGAGGAUUCGUCCAAGUACAUGCGUACCACUCAGGAACAGGUUGAGCAGGUGGUACAGCCGCAGCCACGCUUCUUAGGGCCGCUUAAGGGUACGAACCGCAUUGUUGAGGGACAGCGUGCUCACUUUGAGGCACGUCUGGAACCGCAAUCGGACCUCACGAUGCGUGUUGAGUGGUAUCACAAUGGUCGUCCGCUGAUGAGCGCUAAUCGCAUCCAGACGUACCACGACUUUGGCUACGUUGCGCUGGACAUAUUGGACGUUCGUGCGGAAGACUCGGGCACCUACACGCUGGUAGCAGCGAACGCGGCCGGACAGGCGCAGGUUGAAGCCACCAUGGUGGUGGAAACUCGUGCCGCUAUCGAUACGACCAGCAUGCACCACGUGGUGGAACGUUCGCAGCAGAAGGUGGAAAAGCAGUUCGUGGAGCCGCAGUACCAGGUGGAGGAGCUGUGCAAGUCGAAGCCGAUCUUCACGCAGCCACUGUCCGAUCCGCAGCCGGUCGGCGAGGGACGCAACAUCCAUCUGGAGUGCAAGCUGGAACCGCUCGGUGAUCCGACGAUGCGCGUCGAAUGGUACCAGAACGGGCGCCCGAUCACGGUCGGCUCGCGCUUCAAGACGUACUACGACUUUGGCUUCGUAGCGCUGGACAUUCUGCACUCGACGGCGGCCGAUUCCGGCGAGUACACGGUGCGCGCCACGAACCAGCUCGGUUCGGCCCACACGUCGGCCUGUGUGCGCGUCAUCACGCGCUCGGACAUCAUUACCGAGGCGCAGAGUGAAAUGUCCGUCGAGCAGAUGCAGUAUCUGGAGGAUGCGUCGCGCAUGAGGCGCGAUGUGCUCGAGGACAUUACCGUGAUGUCGCCGCCCCAGUUUGCCCGCUCGCUGCACAACGUGGAAACGUUCGAGGGCACCAACAUUCAUCUGGAGUGCCGUCUGCAGCCCGUCGGUGAUCCGUCGAUGCGCGUGGAAUGGUUCGUGAACGGAAUGCCUGUGAAGAUUGGGCAUCGCUUCCGGCCGGCGUACGAGUUCGACUACGUUGCGCUCGAUCUGCUCGGUGUGUAUGCGGCCGACUCGGGCGUGUACACGUGCCAGGCGCGUAACUCGCUCGGCGAAGCGGUUACCUCCUGCUCGGUGCGCAUCAUGGCGAAGAAGGACCUGAUCCUGGAGUCGCAAUACCCGGCCGGUCUGGAGAAGCUGCAGUAUCUGGAAGACAUUGCCCGGUACCGCAAGACUGAGUACGUUGACGAGAUCGUGAACGUGAAGCCGCGCUUCCUGACCAAGCCGAAGAACAUCGACCGGGCGCAGGAGGGUGGCCAUGCGCACUUUGAGUGCAAGCUGGAACCGGUGACGGAUCCGAACCUGAAGGUGGAAUGGUACAAGAACGGUAUGCCGAUCACCGUCGGUCAUCGAUUCCGACCGAUCCACGACUUCGGAUAUGUGGCGCUCGACAUCAUCGAUCUGAUCGCCGAGGAUACCGGCACUUACAUGUGUAGGGCCGUGAACUUGGUCGGUGUGGACGAGAUUGCCGUGCAGUUGUCGUGCCGCGGAUCGCAGCAGAUCCUCACCAACACCCAGAACGAGAUGGGACUGGAGCAGAUCCAGUAUCUGGAGGAGAAGACGCGCCAGCAGCGCUCGGACUAUCUGGACGAGAUGACGACGCAGGCACCAACCUUUACGACCUCGCUGAAGCACAUCGAGAUCAAGGAGGGUCAGCGCGCUCACUUUGAGUGUCGUUUGAUCCCCGUUUCCGACCCGACGCUGCGUGUCGAGUGGUACCACAACGAAGCGCCCGUCAAGACGGGUUCGCGCUUUACCGAAACGAACAACUUUGGCUUUGUCGCGCUGGACAUUAUGGGCUGUCUGGCCGAUGAUUCCGGCACCUACACGUGCCGUGCGGUGAACGCGCUGGGUGAAGCCGUCACGUCGGCUACCUGCGUGGUGCACACGCGCAAGAGCAUCUACUCGGAGUCGCAGCAUGAGCAUGCGCUGACGAGUUUGCGCUAUCUGGAGGACAACUCGCGCUACCAGCGUGACACGGAGGUGGAUGAGGUGAUUACGCAGGCGCCAGUCUUUACACUGCCGGUCAAGGACGUGAAGGUGGCCGAGAACCAGGCCGUACACUUUGAGGCACGUCUUGUGCCGGUCGGUGAUCCGAAGAUGCGCGUCGAGUGGCUGCGCAAUGGUGUCCCAAUUGAGGCGUCCAACCGCACCACGACCAUGCACGACUUUGGUUACGUUGCGCUGAACAUGAAGUACGUCAACCCGGAGGACUCGGGCACGUACACGUGCCGUGCGACGAACGAUCUUGGCCAGGCGGUCACCUCGGCGAAGCUGGUCGUCCAGUCGAAGGCUUCGCUGGAUCUGGAAACGCAGAACGAGAGCGCACUGGAGAAGAUCCACCAGCUCGAGGACGCGAUCCGAUUCCAGCGCCGCGAGGAGGAAGACGUCGCCGUUACGGUGCCGCCAAAGUUCACCACGAAGCUGCACGGUCCGACCAAUCUGGUGGAGGGCCAGAGCGCUCACUACGAGUGCCGCAUCGAGCCGUAUCCGGACUCGAGCCUGAAGGUGGAAUGGUUCCACAACGGACAACCGCUCACGACCGGCCAUCGGUUCCGCACGACGUACGACUUUGGCUUUGCCGCGUUGGAUGUGCUGACGGUGUACGCCGAAGACUCGGGUGAGUACACCUGCCGCGCCACAAACCAUCUGGGCUCGGAAACGUCCUCGAUCGCGCUGAACGUUACCCCGAAGGCGGGCAUUGUGCGCGAGACGCAGCACGAGGGAGCGCUGGAGAAGAUCCAGUACCUGGAGUGCGACGCACGCUUCGGUCGCAAGGGCGAGGACGAGAUGUACGUAGCGGAGAAGCCAGCCUUUGGCCGACCGCUCAAGAAUGCCAGCGUCGGCGAGGGCCUGCCGGUGCAUCUGGAGGCGACACUGACGCCGGUGAACGAUCCGACGAUGAAGGUGGAAUGGUACUGCAACGGGCGCCCGAUUCAGCAGGGCCACCGGUUCAAGACGACGUACGACUUUGGUUUCGUAGCUCUCGACAUCCUUUAUGCGCACGCUGAGGACACGGGUACUUACAUGUGUAAGGCUAAGAAUGCAAUUGGAGAGGCUGUUACGACAUGCGCUGUAAAAGUCACAGCAAAUGCCGGACUAUAUUUGGAGACGCUUGAUGAACAGCGGCUGCAAAAGAUUAAGGAGCUGGAGAGCUACCAGAAACCACAAACGCAGGAAGUUGAACCGGCCAAGCAGAAGCCAGUCUUCCUCACUCCGCUGACGAGCCUGGAGAAUCUGAAGGAAGGCGACUACGCCCACCUGGAGUGUCGCGUCGAGCCGAUCAACGAUCCGAACCUCAAGAUCGAGUGGUUCAUCAACGGCAAGGCGAUCCGCGCAGGACAUCGCUUCCGCACGACGCACGAUUUCGGCUACGUUGCGCUCGACAUCCUGUACGUCUAUGGCGAGGACAGCGGCACGUACAUGUGCAAGGCCACCAACCAGGUCGGUGAGGCGGUCAGCACGUGCAACAUUCGCGUCACCAACAAGCGCAACAUCAUCUUCGACUCGCAGCAUCCGGACGGGCUGGAAAAGAUCCAGAAGCUGGAGGCGCACUCGCGCCCCAACCGUCUCGAGCUGGACGAGCCGGAAGUGACGGCACCGCGCUUCGUGACGGAGCUGCGCGGCACGACCGAAAUUCACGAGGGCCAGACGGCUCACUUCGAGGCGCAGGUUGAGCCGAUCCACGAUCCGAACCUGCGCAUCGAGUUCUACCACAAUGGAAAGCCACUGCAGUCGGCUUCCCGGUUCCACAUCACGUUCGACUUUGGAUACGUCGCGCUCGACAUCCAGCACGUUGUGGCGGAGGAUGCGGGCGAGUACACGGUCAAGGCCAUCAACGCGAAGGGCCAGUGCAAGUCGUCGAUCAAGAUGCAGGUGACGGCAAAGGGAGCGAUCAUCUCCGACACGCAGCAUCCGGAGGGUCUGGACAAGAUCAAGCAGCUCGAGGGCGCCAGUCCAUUCCGUCGCCCGGAGGUGCAGGAUGCGGUCACGAAGCAGCGCCCGGUGUUUACGCAACCACUGCAAAACAUCGACUACGUCGCGGAGGGCCAGACGGCACACUUCGAGUGCCGCCUGAUCCCGGUCGGCGAUCCAAACCUGCGCGUCGAAUGGUUCCGCAACGAGCAGCCGCUCGAGGAUAGUUCGCGCAUCACGAAGCAGCACGAUUUCGGAUUUGUGUCGAUGGAUCUGCAGCACGUGCGCGAGGAAGACGAGGGCGUGUACAUGUGCCGUGCGAUCAACCCGCUCGGUGAGGCCGUCACGACCGCCUCGAUGCGGGUGCGCACCAAGGCAAGCAUCCAGAUGGAUUCGCAGCACCCGGAGGGCAUGAAGAAGAUCAUCGCGCUGGAGCAGCCGCACCAGCAGCGGUCGGAGGACCAGGAGGCAGCGUUCGAGAAGCCCAUCUUCACGCAGCUGCUGACUGGACCGUCGGAGCUGUGGGAGGGUCAGCACGCCCACUUCGAGGCGCGUGUGGUGCCGGUCGGUGACGCUAGCAUGAAGUACGAAUGGUACGUGAACGGCGUCGAGCUGAAGAUGGGCUCACGCUUCCGCACUACGAACGACUUCGGAUUUGUCACGCUGGACAUCAACUCGGUCGUCGCGGAAGACUCGGGUGUGUACAUGUGCAAGGCUAUUAACCGCGCUGGAGAGGCCGUCUCAUCGACCACGAUGAAGAUCAAGUCGAAGGCAUCGAUUGCGGGCGAACCGCUGCUGCCGGAAGCUUGGGAGAAGAUCCAGCUGAAGGAAGCCGCCAUGAACCGUGUGCCGGAUAUGUUCGUUGACACGACGCCCCAGCAGGCACCAGUCUUCACCACCCAUCUGGAAAGCCACGACAAGCUACAGGAAGGCCAGCACGUCUAUCUGGAGGCUCAGGUGGAGCCACGUGCCGAUCCGAACCUGCGCAUCGAAUGGUUCAAGAACGGUAUCGCCAUCACGACCGGAGCGCGUAUCCGCAGCACGUUCGACUUUGGACUUGUGACGCUGUCGAUCAACGGUCUGCGCGCGGAUGACUCUGCCAUCUACACCUGCAAGGCUACGAACAAUCUGGGCGAAGCCGUGUCUACCGCUACGCUCAAGAUUGACGCCAGCCACUGGCUGCUCGGAGACACGAUGCACCCCUCGUCGGUGCAGAAGAUCCAGGAUCUGGAGGCACCGCGCAUGAACCUGCGCGACGUGCCGGAGGAUCAGUUCGAGUCGCCCGUCUUUGUCGACCAUCUGAACAACGUGGAGAUCAAGGAGGGCGAAAACGCUCACUUCGAGUGCCGCGUCGAACCGUCCAAGGAUCCGACGAUGCAGAUCGAAUGGUUCGUCAAUGGAAAGCCGCUGCCGACUGGCGCUCGCUUCAAGACUACGUACGACUUUGGCUUUGUCUCGCUGGAUCUGACUGGCGCGUAUGCCGAGGAUUCGGGCAUCUACACGUGCAAGGCCACCAACAGCAAGGGAUCGGCAUCGACCUCGGGUUCGUUGCGUUGCGCCAGCACCACCACGAUGUAUCUGGACACGCAGCACCCGCAGGGUAAGGCCGGUCUGGAGGCGGUGCAGGACACGGAAGCGGCAUUGGCCAACCGAUACCGCCGCCAGGAGUCGAAGCCGGAGUCUGGCUUCCCGAAACCACAGUGGACGGUACAGCUGCAGUCGGAGUUCCGGCUGAACGAGGCGGAAGCACUGCAUCUGGAGGGCCAGGUCGAGCCAAAGGACGAUCCUAACCUGAAGAUCGAAUGGUACUUCAACGGUAAAGUGCUCGAGCAUGGUUCGCGCUUCAAGAUGACGAGCGACUUCGGUUUCGUUACGCUCGAUCUGACGGAGGUGUACGAGCGCGACCAGGGCAUCUACACGUGCAAGGCGUACAACCAGGCCGGUGAAGCGUUCACCUCUUCGACCGUGUACUGCGUGACGAAGGAAAGCCUCAUCGAGCGUACCCAGCAUCCGAAGGGUACGGAGGGACUGGAGAAGAUCCAGGAUCUGGAGGACUCGCUGCGCCGCCCAGAAGGUGGAGAGGCCGAAUCCGACGCAGGACAUGCGCCACGCUUCACGUCCGAGUUCGUCAAGCUCACGAACGUCGGGGAGGGUGAGAUCGCUCACUUCGAUGCGACGCUCAUUCCGACCGGCGAUCAGUCGAUGACGAUCGAGUGGCUGUACAAUGGCAAGCAGCUGGAGGCAAGUCAUCGCGUCCGCACGGUGUACGCCUUCGGUAUGGUGGUGCUGGAGAUCCUCGGCACGAAGAUUGAGGACUCGGGCAGCUACACCUGCCGCGCUACAAACCGCUGGGGCACGGCCGAGAUCAGUGUCGACCUGGAGUGUGUCGAUAAGUCGGCUGGACAGAAGCCACGCUUCACCACGCAGCUCCAAUCGCUCGAGGGCCUGAAGGAUGGUCAAUCCGCUCACUUCGAGUGCACGCUGGUGCCGGUGAACGACCCGGAUCUGAAGGUGGAAUGGUUCCACAACGGUAAGCCGAUUCGCCACUCGAACCGCAUCAAGCCCGUGUCCGACUUUGGCUACGUGCUGCUGGACAUUGCGUACGUGCAGAGCCACGAUUCGGGCGAGUACGUGUGCCGUGCGUCGAACAAGUACGGCGAGGAUACGACCCGUGCCACGCUCAAGUGCUUCGGCAAGGGUGGCGUCUACCUGGAGUCGCUGCAGCCCGAUUCGCUGGCCCGCAUUCGCGAGCUCGAGAGUCAGUCGGGUGCGAAGCAGACGGCGGCAGGAUCGCCAGUUGGCGAGGCACCACGCUUUACCACGAAGAUCAGCGACAUCACCAAGCUGGUGGAGGGCCAGAGCGCUCACUUUGAGGCGCGCCUGACGCCCAUCAACGACCCCGAGCUGGUGGUGGAGUGGUACUGGAAUGGACAGAAGCUGCCGCACGGCCAUCGCUACCGCACGUUCCACGAUUUCGGAAUUGUUAUCCUCGACAUUCUGUACUGCUACGAGGAGAACUCGGGCGAGUUUGAGUGCCGCGCGACGAACAAGUACGGCUCGGACAGCACCAAGGCGACGCUGCGCUGCAUCUCCAAGGCUAACCUCAUUCUGGACUCGCAGCUGCCCCGUGGAAUGGAGGGCGGACUCGAGAAGAUCCAGACGCUGGAGGAUUCGCUGAUCCGUACGCGCGACGAGCGCGAACGUACCGAGGGUGGACGUGCGCCAGUCUUCACCACUCCGCUGUCGAACAUCGAUUCGCUGCGGGAGGGUGAGAGUGCUCACUUUGAGGCGAAGCUAACGCCGACCGACGAUCCGAAGCUGAAGGUCGAAUGGUUCUGGAACGGCAAGCCACUCAAGACGGGCUCGCGCUUCCGCACGUUCUGCGACUUUGGAUUCGUUAUCUUGGAAAUCUCGCCGGUAUAUCCCGAAGACUCGGGUGAGUACUCGUGCCGUGCAACGAACGAGUACGGCGAGGCCGUUACUACCUCGACCAUGCGUGUGCAGGGCAAGCGUAGCAUCAUCUUGGAAUCACAGCUGCCCAAGGGCAUGGAGAGCACGAUCGAGCGUAUCGCCGAGCUGGAGGGCCUGGGCAUUCCGCACGGAGGACUUGGCUCGCCGGACGAUGACACUGGCAAGCCGCCGGAGUUCAUCACCACCCCGUCGGACAUGACGCUGACGGAGAAUUCGCUGGCCCACUUCGAGUGUCGCCUAACGCCGAUCAACGAUCCGAGCAUGCGCGUCGAGUGGUACCACAACGGUAAGGCGCUGUGGGCCGGUUCGCGCAUCAAGACGAUCAACGACUUUGGCUUUGUGAUUCUGGAGAUUGCGGGCUGCUACCAGCGCGACUCGGGACUGUACACGUGCAAGGCGACGAACCGCCACGGCGAGGCGACCGUUUCGUGCAAGCUGACCGUGCGUGGUCGCCAGGGCAUCAUCAUGGAGCCACAGCUGCCGUCGAACUUCCGCACUGGCACGGAGAGCAUCCAGAAGCUGGAAGAGCAGCUGCACAAGCGCGAGGAGCUGAUGGCCGACGAGGAGGAGGGCCGUCCGCCGAAGUUCGUUGUCGAGAUCAAGGACAACGUGGACGUGGCUGAGGGUGGUCCGGUGCACUUUGACUGUCGCGUCGAGCCCGUCGGUGACUCGUCGCUGCGUAUCGACUGGUACCACAAUGGCAAACCAUUCGCAACUGGUUCGCGUGUGCAUAUGCUGAACGAUUUCGGCUUUAUUGCGCUGGACAUGGACUACGCGUACGUGCGCGAUUCCGGUGUGUAUGAGUGCCGAGCGACCAACAAGUGGGGUACGGCUUCGACGACCGCCAAGGUGACUGUGGUUGCCCGUGGUGGUAUCGUGCUGGACUCGCAGCUGCCCGAGGGUAUGACGGCUUCCAAGCUGAAGGAGCUGGAACGUGGCAAGGUGACGCUGGCCACGCAGGAAGAGCGCACCUUCGGACCGCCCAAGUUCGUGUCACAGAUUCAGUCGGCCACGAUCGAUGAGGGCGAAACGAUUCGCUUCGAGUGCCGCGUUGAGCCGAAGGAAGAUCCGAAGCUGCGCGUAGAAUGGUUCCGCAACGGCAAACCGCUGCCAAGUGGUCACCGUUACCGCACGAUCUACGAUAUGGGCUUCGUGUCGCUGGACAUUCUGUCGGUGUACACGGAGGAUGCGGGUGACUACACGUGCCGCGCGUACAACGAACACGGCGAGGAUGUGACGAAGGCGCACAUCAGCUGCAAGAAGUUGCCGUCGAUUGUGCUACAGAACCAGAUCCCGAAGGGCAUGCAGAAGUCGGAGACGCUCAUGCAGAUGGAGGCGACGAUCAAGAAGUACACCGAGGAGAUCUUCCUCACCGAGGACGAUCUGUUCGAUCCGGACCGCAAGCAGCCGCCGCGCUUCGUCGUGCAGAUCAAGGACCAGACCAACCUGGUGGAGAUGCAGGCGACCAAGUUCGAGUGCCAGCUGGCCCCGGUCGGCGAUCCGGAUAUGAAGGUGGAAUGGUUCUACAACGGCAAACCACUGCCGUACAAGAACCGUUUCACGCCGAUCUACGACUUUGGUUACGUUGCGAUGAACUUUGGCUGGAUCUAUCCGGAAGACAGCGGCGAAUAUCUGUGCCGUGCCACGAACCUGUACGGUAUGGACGAGACGCGCGCCAUCAUCAAGACGACCGGCAAGCCAGGCAUCGUCUACGACUCGCAGCUGCCAAAGGGCAUGAAGAGUAUCCAGAAGAUCCGCGAAAUGGAAGCUUUGUGGAACUUGAACAUCCCCGAGGUCAUCGAUGAGACGCAGAAGCCGAAGAAGGAACCAGCCUUUGUCAGCCGCCCGGAUUCGAUCGAGGUCGAGGAAGGUGAAUGGGCACGAUUCUGCUGCCGUGUCACCGGACAUCCGAAGCCGCGCGUCAUGUGGCUCAUCAAUGGACACACCGUUGUCAAUGGUCAACGCUACAAGCUCACCUAUGAUGGCAUGUAUCACUUCGAUAUUCCGAAGACGCGCCAGUACGAUACCGGCAAGAUCGAGGUCAUUGCCCGCAGCUCCGUCGGUGAGGCCGUUGCUAGCUGUGAGCUGAAGAUUACGCCCCGCCGCGACGACUACCGCGGUGUGCUGAAGAACUCGCCACGACCAUGGUACGACUACGAUCUAGUCGCUUAUCAGAAGGGCCGUGUAGAGACGGAUCUGGAGGCGACGCUGCAGGAGGAGAAGAAGAAAAAGCGCAAGGUCGUGCAGAAGGCGAAGACGAAGAAGGAGGGCGAAACCGAAUGGCAAAAGACGGUCAAGCAGAAGAAGGGCGAGGAGUACUACAGCAAGCUGGCGGAGUUGGAAACCGAGCAGCUGACGAAGGAGCAAAAGAUGCGCGAAGAGAAGCAUCAGUUUGCGAUUCCGGGCGAGAAGGUUGUCAGUCAAUCGAUCGCCAAGGGUAUGGCAAGUGCCUACGAGCAGACGCUGGAGGAAACGAAGGAGAGCGAAAACGUGGAACUGAUUGACGCUCCCAAGAAGAAGCUGAUCCCGGAGCCAACGGAAACGUCCGUCCAGGGCAAGGAGGUGCACAUCUCGCAGCAGAAGCAAACGCAAAAGGAGGUGUACGAUGACAAAGAGAUCAUUCGUAAGAUCACCGCCACCGAGACGACCGAGAUGGAGCACAAGGGUACGACGCAGGAGCGCGUGGUGGAGGGCCCGGUACAGCCGACCAAACCGCCCGUCUUUACGCGCAAGAUCCAACCGUGCCGGGCGUUCGAGAACGAGCAGGCCCGCUUCGAGGUCGAGUUCGACGGUGAGCCGAUGCCGACGGUCAAGUGGUUCCGCGAGAACUUCCAGAUCAACAACUCGGCCGACUUCCAGAUCCACACGUUCGGCACCAAGUCGGUGCUGAUCAUCCGCCAGGUGUUCCUCGAGGAUUCGGCCGUAUUUGCCGUAAUUGCGGAGAACCGCGGUGGAACUGCCAAGUGCAGCGCCAACCUGGUGGUCGAGCAGCGCCGACAGCAGGGCCGUGGUGGAGUCAUUCCGCCCAGCUUCGUAAGCACCAUCAGCGACACGACGGUCACGGCCGGUCAGUUGGCCCGCUUCGAUGCGAAGGUCACCGGUACGAAGCCGCUCGAUGUGUACUGGCUGAAGAAUGGCCAGAAGCUGGCGCCGAACAUCAAGUACAAGAUGCUCGAGGAGGACAACAACUACACGCUGCUGAUCAUCGAGGCGUACGCGGAGGACGGUACGAAGUAUGAGUGUGUGGCCAUCAACGGAGCCGGCGAGGCACGGUGCGAUGCCGUCUGUACGGUGGACACACCGGUGACGCCGAUCAUCGAGAAGCCGGCCACACCCGGCACGGAGCGUCCGCCGACGCUGGUCGAGCCGCUGAAGGACAAAACCGUGCCCGAGGGACAGUCGGUCGAGUUCCGGACGCGUGUGACCGGCAAACCGACGCCCACCGCCCAGUGGUUCAAGGGUGACAAGCAGAUCAAACCGUCCAAGUACUUCCAGAUGGGCAAGGAUCGGGAUGCGUUCACGCUGAUCGUUACCGAGGCGUUCCCGGAGGACGAGGGCCAGUAUCUGUGCAUUGCUUCGAACCCGGGCGGUGAGGUGCACACGACCGCCACGCUGAAGGUGGUCGCGCCCGAGAUGCCCGACGCCGGUCCGAAGCUGAGCGAGAUGAAGGACUGCCUGGUGGAGGAGGGUUCGCCGGCCCAGUUCAAGACGACCAUCGUCGGCAAACCGACCAAGAUGACCGUCCAGUGGUUGCGCGAGGGUCUGCUGAUUCCGGAGUCACCCGAUUUUCAGAUGAUCAACGAAGGUAACAACGCGGUGCUGCUGAUCGGGACGACCUACGAGGAAGACUCCGGUACCUUCACCUGCCGCGUGACCACGUCCGCCGGACAGGUCGAAACGUCCGCCAAACUGAUAGUCAAAAAGCGUCGAAAGCAGCUGCGACAGGUGCACGGUGCUGCUGGAGUUCACCUCCAACAGCAACAGGAUGUGCAAUCGACGCAGCAAUUUUCGUCAUCGACCACCUCUGCGACUGCUCAACAGCUAAGCGAUACAUCGUACGAUAGUAGCACCGGUACGAGCGAAGUUGACACCGAGUUCGUCCCGCAGGGUGAUGAAAAUUUGCCAUGGAGACGAUCUCGAAGCCUAUCGCGAGGACCGACCACUGAGGCUGUUGCUCCAUGGCGGCGUGCCUCGCAAGAUCGACGUACGUCCCGCGAUCGGUCACUGUCGAUCGAUAAACGCGAAGAGAUCAAGCCAUGGACGGCCGAGGUAGUUAAACUGAAGAAAACGACCAAGGAACGCAAAACCAUCGAGAAAGAAAAACUAGAAACGGUACAAUUGAAACCGACCCAAAUCCAGAAGCCGCAGGUUAAGCGCGAACAGCUGGAGAAGGUCGAACUGAAGACGGUCAAACGUGAGCAGGAGAUAUCCGAGCUUAAUAUGGAAGAAAUGGUUCAAGCCAUCAUCGGAGAGCAGGAAGAUAUCGACCAUAUAGAUUAUAAUGUUCAGAAAUUACGUCACGAUGAGGAUAUCUCUAUUCUAGAGAUUCAACAGCAGGUGGAUGAAUUGAUUCGCAAAGACUCGCAAAAGGCGGAAGGAGUUGCCUGGCGUCGAGGGGGUCCAAGAAAGGAACAGCCUCAAACCGGUAGGGAACAGUUCGUCGAAACUGACGAGAGCACUAUGCUUAAGGUAGACCGAAACGAAACAACGACAGAACUAGAACAGCAAAAACUCACUCUGGACCAGGGAGCUGGCGUAGCGUGGAGACGAGGCAAACGUCCGGAGCCAGAACAUCAACCUUAUGCACAGGUGGCAGAUUCUACCAUGCUAAGUGUCGAUCGUUUAGAAGAGCAAGAAGCGAAACAGCAACAGCCCGAGCUCCAGCCAGUUCCUUGGCGACGAGGACCCAAAGAAACUACACCCAAACCCGUAGAGUUUACGGAACGAGAAGACUCUUCUACGCUCAAAUUGGAGCAAACCGAACAAGAACUGUCACAAGAUUCGAAACCAACUGAGCAACCGGUUAGCUGGAGAAGAGGACCGAAAGAAAGGAAGCCUGUUGUCGAACCAGCAACAGAGCCGGCUCCAGAAGACCAACCAGAAACGCAACUGCCUCCAUGGAUGCGGGGACGAAAACCAGGACCAAAGCGAGAAUUACCAAAACAACCCGAGCCGGAAAAGGUCGAGCAAGUAAUGCUCAAGCCUACACCUCGCAAGAAGAGGGAGCUUCCGAAAGAGGCUAUUGAAGAGGUCUCGCUGAAGCCUGUCCCCAAGAAGCCUGUUGUGGAGGAGAUUGCUCCAACUGAGCCCGAGGAAGUCGAGGAAAAGACAGUCAAGAUUGUCAAGAAGAAAAAGCCAAAGUCCGUCCCACAACAGGAGUCUCUUGAGAAGCUGGAGUUUACUCCCACGGAGGUACCCGAAAUAGAGAAAACGGAGAUGCCCGAAAAGCUGGAGGAAGUCAAGCCAAUGGAGCCUGAACAAGAGCCUGAGAAGCCCAGCUGGCGUAGACAACAAAAGCCUAAGCCUCAGGAGGAAGUGCCAGAAGAAAAGCAAUGGCCUACUGGUAAGCGACGUCCUCUUCCAGAAGAACCGAAGGAAGAAGUCGUUCUCAAACCAAUUCCCAAACCUACAAAAGAAGUGGAGCCUAAAGAAACUAAGGAGCCUACGAUCAAACCGAAACCAAUGCCAGAACUCGAUGAUAAACCCGAGCCUGAGCUAGAACUGGAGAAACCAGCCGUACCGGAAGAGGACACCAGUCUUCCUCCGUGGCGUCGUGGCAAGAAGCCAGUAGAGAAGAAGCCUCUUCCUCCUCCGGCUGAGCCUGAAAAGGUCGAGCAAGUAAUGCUCAAGCCUACGUCUCGCCAGAAGAAGGAGCUUCCGAAAGAGGCUAUUGAGGAGGUCUCGCUCAAGCCUGUCCCCAAGAAACCUGUUGUGGAAGAGAUUGCUCCAACUAAGCCCGAGGAAGUCGAGGAAAAGACAGUCAAGAUUGUCAAGAAGAAAAAGCCAAAGUCCGUCCCACAACAGGAGUCUCUUGAGAAGCUGGAGUUUACUCCCACGGAGGUACCUGAAGUAGAGAAAACGGAGAUGCCCGAAAAGCUGGAGGAAGUCAAACCAAUGGAGCCUGAACAAGAGCCUGAGAAGCCCAGCUGGCGUAGACAACAAAAGCCUAAGCCCCAAGAGGAAGUGCCAGAAGAAAAGCAAUGGCCUACUGGUAAGCGACGUCCACUUCCAGAAGAACCGAAGGAAGAAGUCGUUCUCAAACCAAUUCCCAAACCUACAAAAGAAGUGGAGCCUAAAGAAACUAAGGAGCCUACGAUCAAACCGAAACCAAAGCCAGAACUCGAUGAUAAACCCGAGCCUGAGCUAGAACUGGAGAAACCAGCCGUACCGGAAGAGGACACCAGUCUUCCUCCGUGGCGUCGUGGCAAGAAGCCAGUUCCCAAAAGGGAAAUUCCUGCUCCAGAACCUGCUGUCAUGGAAACUGUUACUCUUAAACCAACACCAAAACAAGCUAAAGAAUUGCCUCAAGAAUCGAUCGAGGAGGUAUCGCUGAAGCCUGUGCCUCAAAAGUCGGAAGUUGAAGAGGUCCCAGCCGACACGGUGUCAAUAGCUGAGGUGAAAGAUAUCUCCCCGAAGAAGGUGAAGAAACCAAAACGAAAGGAGGAAUUGGAACCGCUUGAAAAACCUGUCUAUCCUGAGAUUCCUGAACAAGAGGAAGUGCAACUAGAGAAGACGGAACACAUUCCGGAAGAAGUACAAAAAGAGCCAGAAACAGUUCCAGAACAUCCUCCAUGGCGAAGAACUCCAAAACCGAAACCUGUUGAAACAGAGGAGGAAGAAAAGAAGUGGCCAACAGGUAAGAGACGUCCGCCAGUUGAGGAACCUAAGGAAGAAGUGGUGUUGAAACCGAUUCCUAAACCGACUAAAGAUGUCGAGCCACAACCAGAGCAACAGAUCACGAUCAAACCUAAGCAUCCAGAACCAACACCACAGGAGGAAAUUCCCGAAGUAACGCCUUGGCGUCGUGGAAAGAAGGAAAAGCCACCGGUCGAAGAGGAAGAGCCUAAAGAAUGGCCUAAAGGAAAACGAAGGCCACUGCCGGAAACUCCUAAGGAAGAGGUGGUACUCAAACCAAUUCCUAAACCAUCGAAAGAAGAACCUCCCAAACCAGCUGAAGAACCAACCAUCGUUCUGCCCAAACCUACAGUUCAAGAGCCCGAGGAACCGAAACCGGCACCAUGGCGUCGUGGAAAGAAAGAACUUCCCAAAGAAGAAACGCCCAAGGAAGAAAUAACACUCAAACCAAUCCCGAAACGCGAAGAGCCCGAGCAAACGGUACAGGAAGAAAUCAUCCUGAAGCCAGUACCAGCUCAACAAGCAUUGAUAGAGGAAAUUCCGGCACCGCAUGAAUUACAACCCGUCCGUGAUGUGAAGAUCGAGGAGACUGUAACCAAAAAGACGAAGCGCAUCAAAAAGCAAAUCAUUAAACCAAUGUUCCCCGAGUCGGGUAUUGCCGAGGUGGAAGAAUCGGUGACGUUCGAGGAACCCGAAGAACCGGCGCAGGUUGCGGAAACGAUUGUAGACAUUGUUGCGGAGGAAGUUCUCGAUCUUAUCCCUGAUCUGGCACCACGCGAAACUGCUAAAAAGCGCAAGUCACGCAACAAAAAGCAUGUCGUCUUCAAGGAAGAGCUCAGCACGUUUGCAAUGGAACCAGAGGAGGAAGAGGAGCAGGAAGAGGAUGAAGCAGAGGUGGAGCAGGUGCAGGAGAUUUCGCGUUCCAGCAUAACGCUCACUCGUCCUGAUAGCAAACCGGCACCAGUGCCGGUAGAAGAAGUCAAGAUGGAAGAACAGACCACCGAGUUCCGCAAAGAGAUGGAGGUGCGCGUGCAAUCCAACAUUGUCAAGAAGGAAAAGAAGCGCCGUGUCUUUAUUGACGACAGUCAACCGCUUCCUGAGUUGGAAAUCAUUACGCAGAAACGCGUCCAAGAAGUCACGGACAAGAUCGCCGAGGAAAGCGUACGAGAGGAUCGUCAACUGAUCGAAACAACGCAACAACAAAUUUCCGAGACGAAGAUUCAGGAGCAAACAGUGAAGAUCAGCAAACCAAAGGUACAACCGCCAAACAUUGUGGAGAAGCUGCAGCCACAGAUCUGUGAGCCAGACAAGCCGGUUCUGCUACGAUGCCGCAUCGAGGGAGUUCCAUUCCCAACGGUGCAGUGGUACUUUAAUGACACGGUACUGUUUGCCAGCUCCGAGUACAUCAUGAAUGUGGUGGAAGAUGUGGCCACACUGGAAAUUGCCACCGUGCAGCCUUACCACGUCGGUAUCUACACCUGCGAGGCGAAGAACGUCGCCGGAGUGGCUAUCAGCAAGGCAAACAUUGUCGUGCAGGAGAAGCCCGAGCACGGCGAGGCACCUCGGUUUGUAGUGCCGCUAAAGAUCGAGCUAAAUGAACAGAAAACGGUCGCCACAGUCACCUGUCAGGUGGCGGGCAUUCCCACUCCCAAGGUGCGCUGGUUGCGUGACGAGAUUGAGAUAAUCGAGGAGGAGGAAGAAGAGAUCGAAACAUACUACGAAGAACGCACCGGACACGUGCGACUGACCGUCAAGCAUCCAAAGCAGAACGUACCGGUGGUGUUCACUGUCGUAGCAGAGAACAAGUUCGGCAAAGCAGUUGGCAAAGCGAACGUGUACAUUCAAUCGGUAGUGAUGGAACGAGCCAAACCAUCCGCCGUUGCGCCACAGAUCGUGCAGCCGCUAGAAGCACAGGUGGUUCGUACCGGAAGUACGCUUGUUUUCGAGUGUCGGUACACUGGACAACCAAAGCCUACGGUGAAGUGGUUCCGCAACAGUAAGGAAAUCGUCGAAGAGGAAGAAGAAGUCAUCAUUACGACGGAAGAGUACUACAGCCGGCUGGAGAUUCGCCGUGUGACCCGCCAAAGAGGUGGCAAAUACGAGAUUACGGUCACGAACGAAGCAGGACAGGCUAAAUCGUCCGCCUCGGUUGCCAUCUCGGACGCUACCGAUACGGAUGAGGCUAAGGCACCGCGCUUCAUCGAACCACUGGUGCCGAAGCUGAUCGCCGAGGCCGAGGUGUGCAUACUGGAGGCGUCGGUCGAGAGUUACCCAACGUCUACGUUCCAGUGGUUCAAGGAGGGUGCGGCGAUCAAGUCGACCAACGAGCAGCGCAUCGUCACGAAGGAGAACCGCUCGAUACUGAUCAUCGAGUCGUUCACCCGCCGGGACACGGGUGCGUACACGUGCCGGGCGGAGAAUGUGGCCGGUUCGGUAACUUCCACUGCGACCGUCCAAACGCUGGACACCAUUGAAACCGAGGAGGUUACCGAAUACAUAUCACCGCGGUUUUUGGAAACAAUCAAACCGACGCGUGUUAUGGAUGGAGAGCGCUUAACGCUUGAGUGCCAGGUUGUGGCGAUGCCGCUGCCGAAGGUCCACUGGUACCACAAUGCGCAGCUGAUCCAGGAAACGAAGGACAAACAGGUGCAGCAGGACUCUACCGGGCGCUGUGUGCUCUCGAUCAGCGAGGUAUUCCCGGAGGAUAAGGGUGAGUAUACGUGCGUGGCCACCAACAAGAUCGGCGAGGCCAUUUGCCGCGCCACGGUCAACGUGGAGCCUUUCGAGUACGUGCCAGACUCGGAGCAGUUCCGUAGCUCAGAAGAGGAUUUGUUGACGGAUAAGUCUAUUUCAACACUCGAAGAGUAUGCGGAACCGAUCGAGUAUGCGCCGCAGAUAGUGAAACAACUGCCCACGAUCAUACACUCGCAGGAGCGCGAGUUGACUAAGCUGGAGGUGAAAGUACUUGCCCAUCCGAAGCCACAGAUACGUUGGCUAAAGGCCGGCGAGGAAAUCAUCCCAUCGGACGAGUUCCAGAUUGAAAACUUUGACGAUGGCACGUCGAUACUCAUCAUCAAUGACAUCUACCCGGACGAUUCUGGGGAGAUUACCUUCGAAGCGCACAACGCACUCGGCGUGGCCAUGACAACUACGGAGCUAGUUGUAGAAGAAAUUGUCGGAACCAAAGCGUAUCGCAAACCAGAAUGGGUACAGCACAUGGAGGAACUAAAGGAGGCACUGCAAGAAACACCCGAUCUCAGAGAAGACGCCCAUCAUAGCACCGGCAGCCAUACUGCGAUUGCCACCACAACUAUCACCACGAACAACACCACUGUCACGAAGAAAAAACACAAGAAACUUCGCUCCGACAAACGGCAGCAGCACAAACACGAAGACGAGACAGAGAUUGUCGACAGUGAAGAGUCGAUCGAGGAGCGCAGGCGCCUAACGCAGCAACGUCGCAGACAGCCCCUCCAACCGCUGCGGCCUCUGCUGCCAAGCGAGGAGCAGGUGCAGGAAGAGUUGGCCCCCGAUUUUCUUACCUCGCCCGUCCGGGAAGCGCACAGCCUCCCGCUGGAGGUGGCGUCCGUGACGAGCGAGUCGACCGUGCUGAGUCAGGUGUCGAAUCUGGUCGAGCCUGACACGGCCACCGGCACUAGUGCUACUGUCAAGGUCGUGCCGGAAACGGCCCUGGUAACUGAGGAGAUCUUUUUGUCCGAGCGUGAGUCCGACACGAUGCUGCCGGACAGUGCGCGCCUGGCAGCCAGUCCGCACUACAAGCUGUUCGGUGUGAAUGAGCCGGUUCAGGUUUCCGAGGUGAGUCCGCAGGAAAGCUCGUUCGAUCGAAGCCCGCAAACGAUGCCCCAGCAAGCGUCGGCUACGGCCGAUUUCGCACCCGUACAAUCGCUCAUCGUGAGCGAGUCCACAGCACAAGACUCGACCGCUGUUUUGGAACAGGUGGUCGAAACUGUAGGCAGCGCCACCUUACAGCUGCUGACGCACGAUGCAACGAUCGUGCAGGAAACGGUGUCCUCACAGUCGGAGCGUGAGUUGUCGAUUUUGCAACGCCCAACGCCUAGCCAUGCCCACACGAACGUACUAUCGAAGGAGUCGCUUCAGGUGACGGAAGUAAACCGCAUCGAAAAGGAAGAAACGUUUGACGGUCACAUGAAACUGCCCACCGUACAACCACACUACCAGAUACUACCGUCGGAAUCCAUUCAGACGGAAGAGACCAUCACUCAGGACGCACCGAGUCGUUACUAUCCUGAGCUGGUGGUUCCGACGGAAAGUGCCCGUCCAGCAAUCGUGGAACAGAAAUCGUACACGACGGAGGUUAUGAAUGCUCCGGAAAAGGAGGACACAUAUCAGCCAGGACGUUUGCCUCCGCAGCAGUGGGCCGAUGUGGAGCUCCUAACCAAGGAACCAUUGUCCGUUACGGCACAACAGGUUGGAGAGUCUGAGGUGGAGUUUUCAGCAACACCGAAGAUGAGCUCCUACCAAGCCACUGGCUCUGUGACAAUGUUCGAAAACCAACUCACAACGCAACUGGUUAAUGAUAAUAUCACCGCCCAAGACUUCCAGGCUCAGCCGUUCGAGUCCAAACGAGCGAACGUAGAGUUCCUGGAGCGAACGUGUGUUUCGGUGUCGAAGGUACUAAGCAACGAAGCGGAAGCAUCGCUUGCACCGUUUGAAGUGACGGACAGUGCGAUGGCACAGACCACUCUUACGGCACUCAAACCCGUAAGCGAAUCCACGCUGCCAUUUAUCCACGAGAAGGAAACCCUCCAUCAAGGAGCUCCUCGGCCGAACGAAGCGAUUGCUGCGACACUGCUCGAACCUAUCGAAAAUCUUGCAAUCACCGAGGUGGAGACAGCUGAUACGGCAGGAAGAUUCUCACCGGAAGCCAUCGUCGACCGUUCCGAGCAGGCAUCGACCAGCUUUGUUCCAAUCCAAUCACACUCCGUUACGACGGUAGAUGCAAAUGAGAAGGAAGCUGACCUACUCGCUAAAGCUGCUGCACCUUCGGCAUAUGCCGAGCAGCAGCUUAACCUGCAGCAUCAGCUAGAGGUUGUGCAGCAUGAAACGGCCGAACGGGAAUUUACCUUCCAACCGUACGCUAUGCCGCAAGAUCAAACACUAAAACCGACGCCAACCGAUAGUCUGAAGUCGGUGUUGGUGCAGGAAACGAUCGCCAAUGUAUCUGCGGCUGAGCUGCUCCAAACUACCCCAACGUCCCAGCUGGCACGUCUAGUUGGGGCCGGUGAACAUGAUGAAAAGAUUGUUUCCGAAAUCACCAUCUACGAGACGGUCCGGUCGCAGGAGGAAACAGUUCGACCGGAAGAGAAGACGGCCGAACUGCAGCUGCCCAGUCUGGCCAGCGAGCUCAUUGUGACGGAGGUCGUUAGUGGUCAGAUGGCGAACGAAGAAUGUAAACUGCAGGAGCUGGCCAAGGAUCAAACGAUCAAACCAAUCCCGACGCAUUCGCUCAAGACGGUACUGGUGGAGGAAACGGUUGCCAGUGAAGGAACAGACCGGCUAGACAUUCAACAAACGCAAGAUAUCACGCAAGCCUACGUCAAAGGUGAUGAGCUGGAGGAAACGAUCGUAUCUGAGGCGAUGAUACUGGAGGGCACACAACAGUACACCGUGCCUGAUGCUCCUGCCCAAAAAUUGGCCACCGCGAACGUUGAACGUCCUGUUGAAGGCUUAACCGUGACGGAGAUAGUUUCGGAGCAGCGGGAACAGGAAGAAAUCAUACAACCUGUGAAAGAUCGCUCCGCAAAGCCGGUCCCGACGGAAGCGCUCAAGUCAGUGCUCAUCGAAGAAGUGCAACUGUCUAGCCACACUGAAACACUGGCAGCUGAUGAAACACACGCUUCUGAAGCAAUCGUUAAGAUUGGAGACGCACUUGAGCAGACGACCGUACAGGAGAUGGUUAUCCUGGAAGAUGUAAACAAUCUUAAAGAGGACAGUAAACCUGAGCAGAAACAAGCCGAAACACUGUUACAACCUAGCACCGAACUUACCAUCACCGAAGUCGUCGCCGAGGAUCGCGAGCGAGAAGGUUUCGAUGUGGCCGAAAUUGCCAAAGACCAUACGGCUCGCUCUGUACCGACGCACACGCUCAAAUCCGUACAGGUGGAGACAACAGAAGCGGUCGACUCGGUCACCAGCAUCGUGGCUCCUGCCGUUGUCGAGUCACUUGCCACCAUGCAGCGUGACCAGCUGGAAGAGAAGAUUGUAAGUGAGCAACUUGUGCUGGAAGCGGUGAAUCAGUAUGAACGAGAAAAUGUCGCCAUGCGCCAGGCCGUCCCAGCGCUCGAACCGAACAGUGAGCUUACGGUAACGGAAGUGAUAGUUGAGCAGAAGGAACAGGAAAAGGUAGACGAGCUGGCAGUGAAAGAUGCACACGCUCACUCCCUACCCACGCAUAUGCUCAAAUCGGUUACAGUGGAGCAGGUUGAAGCUUCGGAAAGCCUUACCAGGAUAGAACAAACCGUACCGGUUGAAACCCUGGCCAGUGUUCGUAGCGAUCAGCUCGAGCAAACAAUGGUCUCUGAAAUGAUCGCUUACGAAGCCACCGCUGGCAUGGUUGAGGAGGUUAAACCGACCGAAAAGUUGGCUGAUUUAACAGUGAUUCCCAUCAACGAGCUACUCGUCAGUGAAACCGUUGCCGAGCAGAAGGAAAGAGAAGGAUUCAAUGUGGCAAAGAUCGCUCAGGAUUAUGUUGCCAAACAGGUACCGACGCAUUCGCUCAAAUCGGUCCAAGUAGAGGAAACGUUUGCGAGUGAAGACGCAUCUCAGCUUAGUCAAGCAUUGGCCAGCGAGACGAAAGCAACGACCCAGAACGACGAGCUAGAACAAACGACCGUUUCCGAAACGUUUGUCUUCGAAGAGACGCCAGCACUUGAAGCUACUCCCAAACCGACACCCAAAUCAGCAGAAUCGCUUUAUGAGCCACAGAUUGGCGUAAUUGUUACAGAGAUCAACGUCGGACAGAAGGAGUGCGAUGGCUUCAGUGUGGCGGAGCUCGCACAAGACCACACGGCCACAGCUGUUGCUGGUCAUGCAUUAAAGACGGUAAUGGUUGAAGAAAUCACCGCAUCCGACACGAUUGAUCAGCUUAAAUCGCCCCAGCAGCUGCUCAGCUCGGCUUCGGUGCGUAGCGAACAGUUCGAACAAACCACCGUCCAGGAGACGACUGUGUACGAAGGCUCACAGCAGCUGCCGGUGGAUGAGAUGCCUGCAGCCAAAUCAGCCGAUCGGUCCUUCAUCCCCAACGCGGAACUGAUCGUGACCGAGAUCGUAAGCGAACAGAAAGAACGCGAAGGCUACAAUGUGGCUGAACUGGCGCGCGAUCACACAGCCACGACAACCAUGACCACACACUCGCUCAAAUCGAUUACGAUCCAAGAGACACUUCCGGAGGAAAGAGUUGACAAGCUUCGGCAUGAUCAGACAGCAGAAGCUACCUCUGCCGCCGUCACGGACGACAAGUUAGAGGAGACGAUUGUGCGUGAAGCAUUCGUUCUGGAGACGAUCGAUAACUACACGAUGGAGUUUACGCCGUCGGAAAAGCAAGCACUACCAAACAUCACUCCCAUGACGGAGUUGCACGUGACGGAGGUAAUUGUGGAGCAGAAGGAAAAGGACGGCUACUCGAUACAGGAUAUCGCACAAGAGCAUGUCGUCAAAAUGCUUCCCUCGCAUACGCUCAAAUCGGUCAUCGUGGAGGAGGUGCAGACAUCGGACGUGGUGGGUGAUGUGGAACAGCUACGGUCCAUCCCACUCACGGUAAGCGUUCGCAAAGAGCAGUUUGAAUCACAAACCGUCACCGAGCAGCUCAUUCUCGAAGGUUUCGAGAAGCUGGAUGAACAGCAAAAACCGACACACAAAUCAGCCACCUCCAAUAUUGAAGCCAGCAGUGAGCUACUCGUGAUGGAGGUCAUUACGGAGCAGAAAGAGCAAGAAGGAUACGAUGUGCAGCAGAUAGCAAGCAACUACAACGCUAAAGAGGUUCCAUCGCACACGUUGCGAUCAGUACAGAUAGAGGAAACACUGCCAAUGGACGAUGUCAAGCAAUUCGUAGAUACACCACACACCUCCCAUGCCAAACCGCUGACGGACGAGAUCGAGGAACGAGUCAUCGCCGAAACGGUUGUGCUGGAAAACGUUGCUAACCUGGAACAAGUGUCCCAGCCGGAGUCAAAGCACGCGGAAAAGGUGUUGCCGAGUCAGACGGAACUUCACGUAACGGAGGUAAUUGUGGAGCAGAAGGAGAAUGACGGAUACAGCGUGUCCGAUUUGAUAGUACAGCAGUCGGCGAAAACGAUCCCUACCGAGCCACUGAAAUCGAUCACCGUGGAGGAAGUGAUUCUGUCCAGUGGAACAGAAAACAUUGAAGCUAAGGAAACAGCAUCCUCCACCCUUGCCUCCGUACGUAGUGACGAACAUCAGGAAACGACCAUUUCCGAGCAGGUCGUGCUCGAAGCAACAGAUCGUUUCGAACAACAAACUGUCCCGGAAGGAAAAACAGCAUCCUCCUCGAUGCAACCUCGCGAAGAGCUAGUCGUUACGGAGGUUGUAUGCGAACAGAAGGAAUCGGAAGGGUUCGAUGUGCAGCAAAUUGCCAGCGGCUACUCCGCCCAGGUUGUUCCAUCGCAGAUACUCAAGUCAGUGGCGGUGGAACAAGUUCAAACGGUUGAAAUGCACGGUGUGAUGAAGGAGGAAUUAACUGUUGCCAGCGAGAACCGUGCGUUGGUUAACGAAUCUGAACACGAACAAAAAACCAUACAAGAAACCAUGGUGUACGAGAUGCUGUCUGAGAAACCGACCGAUCAAACACCCGAGCAAAAGCUCGCCAACAUUGACGUUCAGCCGGUGCAGGAACUCAUCGUAACGGAGGUGAUUGCCGAGCAGAAAGAAAGGGAGGGCUUCGAUGUGCAUGAAAUUGCAAAGGACUACACAGCUCACCCAACUACAGCCGGUUUGCACAAAUCGAUCGCAAUUCAAGAGGUGCACUCUUCGGACGCUCUGGAAGAGCUCGACGCAGCUGUAGCUACUGCCACGGCGACUCCCCAAACGGACAACCUGCAAGAAACGGUCGAGUCAGAAACGACAGUGCUUGAAGCGGCCACCACUCUGGUGCCUGACGAUCAUCCGGCAGGGAGAACGGCUGCCACUGCUGUGCUGCCAAACGUAGAGCUGCAGGUGUUGGAAGUUGUGGUUGAGCAGCGAGAAAAAGAGGGUUACGAUGUGAAAUCAAUUGCUAAAGAUUUCCACGCACAAGCCCUUGCAGAAGCUGAACCGAUGAAAUCUGUCAUUGUAGAAGAAGUUCAGGUGAGUCAAGAUGCAACGGAGCUGCCUUCCAGUCCUGCUCAAAAGCAAGCGGCAACUUCGACCAAAGACCAGUACGAACAGACGAUCGUAAGCGAAACAGUCGUGUACGAGGAUCUAGCACAACAGCAAGAGCGUCUAACGCCGGAAGAACAUCGAGCAACGACGAGCCUGGAUGCCGUAACAGGAGUUACCAUCACCGAAGUUAUCACCGAACAAAAAGCCAAGGAAGGUGUUGAGAUAACAGAGAUCGAUAGUCAAAAGGCGAAACUGGUGCCGAGUGAUGCUCUGAAAUCGCUUACAGUGGAGCAAGUGGACACACUGCAGAGUGUGGUGGAUGCACCGCAAGGACAAGUACCCAAGACGAAGGCACUUGUCAAGUCCGAUACCAUCGACGAAACGACGGUGAUCGAAACGAUGGUGUUUGAAAACACGUCCGAAUACAAGCAACAGCUCGAACUAACGCAACAAACGGCCAAGACACUCGCGGAUGAAGACACCAAGAAAUCACUUCUGGUGCAGGAGGUAUUAACGUUGCAAGAGUCAAAGACGCUACCAGCCGACGGCACCAAGCCGGUUGAAGCUAGCUUUACGCCCGAUCAAUUGCUACAGACUACGGUGGAGCAGACGACCGUGUACGAGGGAACGGAACAGUUUUCGUCCACGCUAACGAUGGACAAAAAGUAUCCCACGUUCGACAUGCAAGGGCUUGAGCUUCCACUUCAAAGUACGGUGGAUGUAUCAGAUGCUGUGAGUGAAUUGACACCGCAUCGCGAGCCCACAACUAGUGUUAAGCCUAGUCUUACAGAACAGCUUCCUGCGGCUUCCACCACGGAAACCGUGAGCCAGGACUCGUACGAUAAACUGUCCACACCGAAAGAAACCACCACGCAACAGGCACAGCGCACGGUAUCGAAUUUGUUCGUUUCGACCACGACCGAAACGGUGCUAGGGGAAGGGCUAGAUAGGGCCGAUUUCAGUCUGCGGUCAGAAACCCAAACGGCGUCGAUGAAGUUUACCGAUAUGACGGUUGUACCCCUGCAAUCUGAACUGCUCACAUCCGACACGGCACAGCUACUCGAAGAGACCGUGCAGCCACAUCACACUGGCCACAAAACACGUACCACUACAUCACAGAGCAGACAGAUCACUAGUCAAGCCACACAUCAGGAAGAACAAAUCAUACACACAGAAGAUACACAAAACAUACACAUUCAAAAACGAAAACAAUCCAUGCCGGAAGAAGUGCGCGUCUCACAAAAAGUCAUUGAACAGGGAAAAACGAAAAUACAAGUAAUGAAAAAGCGAGUGGUGAAACAGAGCAUCGAUGGAAAAGAGCAGCUCACAGAAAUUGUCACAAUCCAGGAAAAUGAUCAAGCGCCCAUCACAACUGUCACUGUAAGUGCAACGAAACUUCCGGAGCAAGAAGCCAUCGAAAUCUCACUGGAUAACCAGCAACAAACGGACGCAUCACAAAUUGUGCAGCCGAUUGAGGAAACAACGAUCGAAGAGCAUCCAGAAGUCGUAGAAGAAGUCAGAUCUGACACCGGUGUAGUCAAGAAGACGGUCGUUAAGAAAAAGAUCAUCAAGAAGCGUGUUGGGCCCAAGGAAGAGGUCACUGAGGAAGUUGCCGUAGAGGAAGAUGGAAAACAGCCUGAGACAACUGUCACAGUCAGCGAGCAUGAGGUUCCAUAUGAGGUUACAGAGCCUUUCGAGGAGGAGCGCAAGCCUCUCGAAGCUGUUGUGGAUGAGUAUCCAGAGCCAAUGCAGGCAACGCUUAAGACGAAGACUACCAAGAUCGUCAAGAAGAAGGUCAAGAAGAUCAAGCAAGGCGAGCCCAGCUCCGAAGAAGUUCCUCAGGAAGAGGUAGACGAGUUGGUCCUCGAACAGACUCCCAUCGAGCAACCAGUUAUUGAGGAGCUCCCAGAGCAUGUUGAGGUCGUUGAGACCAUCACUAAGGAAGGAAAGUCCAAGAAGCACGUCACCAAAACCAAGGUCAUCAAGAAGAAGACGGCCGGAAAGGUCGAGGAGGUCAAGAUUGUGACUGUGCAAGAAGACGAUCAAGUACCCGAGACCACGGUCACCAUGACUGAGGAGGAGACGGCUCCUGAAACAGUUCCAACCGUGUCUGAGGAGACUCCGUCGGUUGAAGUCCUCAAACCUAAGAAAAAGAAGAUCAAAACCAUCAAGAAGAAGGGAGAGGAUACGACAACUAUUGUUCAGAAGCUGCUUAAGCUCGAAGUCACUAGCACAGAACUGCAACCGUACGAACACGUCGACGGAACAGCGCCUAAACUGGACAUCAUACCUCAGACUGCUGUAGAAGCUCUUGAAAUUGAGGAGCUUCCUGAAGAGGUCAAGGUUACCGAAGUCGUCAACAAAACUGGUCAAACCAAAAAGCAAGUCACGAAAAAGAAGACCAUCAAGAAACGUGUCGGGCAAAAGGAGGAGCAUAUCGAGGUAGUCACUGUUCAACAAGACGACAUGGCUCCGGAAACCACCAUCACUGUAACCGAGGAAGAAACUCCCGAGCUCAAACCAGUUGAUGACAAGCCUAAGCCCAAGAAGAAGAAGGUCAAGACCAUCAAGACUACUGACGACUCUGACGAUAUCAUUGAGCGUCUUCUCAACCUGGAAGUGCACAAAACUGAGCUUGAACAGUACGAGAAGAUCGAUGUCGAUAUGCCGAAGCGCUUGCGACCGGUUGAGGAAACAACGAUCGAAGAGUAUCCAGAAGUCGUAGAAGAAGUCAGAUCUGACACCGGUGUAAUCAAGAAGAAGGUCAUUAAGAAAAAGAUCAUCAAGAAGCGUGUUGGGCCCAAGGAAAAGGUCACUGAGGAAGUUACCGUAGAGGAAGAUGGAAAACAGCCUGAGACAACUGUCACAGUCACCGAGCAUGAGGUUCCAUAUGAGGUUACAGAGCCUUUCGAGGAGGAGCGCAAGCCUCUAGAAGCUGUUGUGGAUGAGUAUCCAGAGCCAAUGCAGGCAACGCUUAAGACGAAGACUACCAAGAUCGUCAAGAAGAAGGUCAAGAAGAUCAAGCAAGGCGAGCCCAGCUCCGAAGAAGUUCCUCAGGAAGAGGUAGACGAGUUGGUCCUCGAACAGACUCCCAUGGAGCAACCAGUUAUUGAGGAGCUCCCAGAGCAUGUUGAGGUCGUUGAGACCAUCACUAAGGAAGGGAAGCCCAAGAAGCACGUCACCAAAACCAAGGUCAUCAAGAAGAAGACGGCCGGAAAGGUCGAGGAGGUCAAGAUUGUGACUGUGCAAGAAGACGAUCAAGUACCCGAGACCACGGUCACCAUGACUGAGGAGGAGACGGCUCCUGAAACAGUUCCAACCGUGUCUGAGGAGACUCCGUCGGUUGAAGUCCUCAAACCUAAGAAAAAGAAGAUCAAAACCAUCAAGAAGAAGGGAGAGGAUACGACAACUAUUGUUCAGAAGCUGCUUAAGCUCGAAGUCACUAGCACAGAACUGCAACCGUACGAACACGUCGACGGAACAGCGCCUAAACUGGACAUCAUACCUCAGACUGCUGUAGAAGCUCUUGAAAUUGAGGAGCUUCCUGAAGAGGUCAAGGUCACCGAAGUCGUCACCAAAACUGGUCAAACCAAAAAGCAAGUCACGAAAAAGAAGACCAUCAAGAAACGUGUCGGGCAAAAGGAGGAGCAUAUCGAGGUACUCACUGUUCAACAAGACGACAUGGCUCCGGAAACCACCAUCACUGUAACCGAGGAAGAAACUCCCGAGCUCAAACCAGUUGAUGACAAGCCUAAGCCCAAGAAGAAGAAGGUCAAGACCAUCAAGACUACUGACGACUCUGACGAUAUCAUUGAGCGUCUUCUCAAUCUGGAAGUGCACAAAACUGAGCUUGAACAGUACGAGAAGAUCGAUGUCGAUAUGCCGAAGCGCUUGCGACCGGUUGAGGAAACAACGAUCGAAGAGCAUCCAGAAGUCGUAGAAGAAGUCAGAUCUGACACCGGUGUAGUCAAGAAGACGGUCGUUAAGAAAAAGAUCAUCAAGAAGCGUGUUGGGCCCAAGGAAGAGGUCACUGAGGAAGUUACCGUAGAGGAAGAUGGAAAACAGCCUGAGACAACUGUCACAGUCACCGAGCAUGAGGUUCCAUAUGAGGUUACAGAGCCUUUCGAGGAGGAGCGCAAGCCUCUCGAAGCUGUUGUGGAUGAGUAUCCAGAGCCAAUGCAGGCAACGCUUAAGACGAAGACUACCAAGAUCGUCAAGAAGAAGGUCAAGAAGAUCAAGCAAGGCGAGCCCAGCUCCGAAGAAGUUCCUCAGGAAGAGGUAGACGAGUUGGUCCUCGAACAGACUCCCAUGGAGCAACCAGUUAUUGAGGAGCUCCCAGAGCAUGUUGAGGUCGUUGAGACCAUCACUAAGGAAGGGAAGCCCAAGAAGCACGUCACCAAAACCAAGGUCAUCAAGAAGAAGACGGCCGGAAAGGUCGAGGAGGUCAAGAUUGUGACUGUGCAAGAAGACGAUCAAGUACCCGAGACCACGGUCACCAUGACUGAGGAGGAGACGGCUCCUGAAACAGUUCCAACCGUGUCUGAGGAGACUCCGUCGGUUGAAGUCCUCAAACCUAAGAAAAAGAAGAUCAAAACCAUCAAGAAGAAGGGAGAGGAUACGACAACUAUUGUUCAGAAGCUGCUUAAGCUCGAAGUCACUAGCACAGAACUGCAACCGUACGAACACGUCGACGGAACAGCGACUAAACUGGACAUCAUACCUCAGACUGCUGUAGAAGCUCUUGAAAUUGAGGAGCUUCCAGAAGAGGUCAAGGUCACCGAAGUCGUCACCAAAACUGGUCAAACUAAAAAGCAAGUCACGAAAAAGAAGACCAUCAAGAAACGUGUCGGGCAAAAGGAGGAGCAUAUCGAGGUAGUCACUGUUCAACAAGACGACAUGGCUCCGGAAACCACCAUCACUGUAACCGAGGAAGAAACUCCCGAGCUCAAACCAGUUGAUGACAAGCCUAAGCCCAAGAAGAAGAAGGUCAAGACCAUCAAGACUACUGACGACUCUGACGAUAUCAUUGAGCGUCUUCUCAACCUGGAAGUGCACAAAACUGAGCUUGAACUGUACGAGAAGAUCGAUGUCGAUAUGCCGAAGCGCUUGCGACCGGUUGAGGAAACAACGAUCGAAGAGCAUCCAGAAGUCGUAGAAGAAGUCAGAUCUGACACCGGUGUAGUCAAGAAGACGGUCGUUAAGAAAAAGAUCAUCAAGAAGCGUGUUGGGCCCAAGGAAGAGGUCACUGAGGAAGUUACCGUAGAGGAAGAUGGAAAACAGCCUGAGACAACUGUCACAGUCACCGAGCAUGAGGUUCCAUAUGAGGUUACAGAGCCUUUCGAGGAGGAGCGCAAGUCUCUCGAAGCUGUUGUGGAUGAGUAUCCAGAGCCAAUGCAGGCAACGCUUAAGACGAAGACUACCAAGAUCGUCAAGAAGAAGGUCAAGAAGAUCAAGCAAGGCGAGCCCAGCUCCGAAGAAGUUCCUCAGGAAGAGGUAGACGAGUUGGUCCUCGAACAGACUCCCAUGGAGCAACCAGUUAUUGAGGAGCUCCCAGAGCAUGUUGAGGUCGUUGAGACCAUCACUAAGGAAGGAAAGCCCAAGAAGCACGUCACCAAAACCAAGGUCAUCAAGAAGAAGACGGCCGGAAAGGUCGAGGAGGUCAAGAUUGUGACUGUGCAAGAAGACGAUCAAGUACCCGAGACCACGGUCACCAUGACUGAGGAGGAGACGGCUCCUGAAACAGUUCCAACCGUGUCUGAGGAGACUCCGUCGGUUGAAGUCCUCAAACCUAAGAAAAAGAAGAUCAAAACCAUCAAGAAGAAGGGAGAGGAUACGACAACUAUUGUUCAGAAGCUGCUUAAGCUCGAAGUCACUAGCACAGAACUACAACCGUACGAACACGUCGACGGAACAGCGCCUAAACUGGACAUCAUACCUCAGACUGCUGUAGAAGCUCUUGAAAUUGAGGAGCUUCCAGAAGAGGUCAUGGUCACCGAAGUCGUCACCAAAACUGGUCAAACCAAAAAGCAAGUCACGAAAAAGAAGACCAUCAAGAAACGUGUCGGGCAAAAGGAGGAGCAUAUCGAGGUACUCACUGUUCAACAAGACGAUAUGGCUCCGGAAACCACCAUCACUGUAAUCGAGGAAGAAACUCCCGAGCUCAAACCAGUUGAUGACAAGCCUAAGCCCAAGAAGAAGAAGGUCAAGACCAUCAAGACUACUGACGACUCUGACGAUAUCAUUGAGCGUCUUCUCAACCUGGAAGUGCACAAAACUGAGCUUGAACAGUACGAGAAGCUCGAUGUCGAUAUGCCGAAGCGCUUGCGACCGGUUGAGGAAACAACGAUCGAAGAGCAUCCAGAAGUCGUAGAAGAAGUCAGAUCUGACACCGGUGUAGUCAAGAAGACAGUCGUUAAGAAAAAGAUCAUCAAGAAGCGUGUUGGGCCCAAGGAAGAGGUCACUGAGGAAGUUACCGUAGAGGAAGAUGGAAAACAGCCUGAGACAACUGUCACAGUCACCGAGCAUGAGGUUCCAUAUGAGGUUACAGAGCCUUUCGAGGAGGAGCGCAAGCCUCUCGAAGCUGUUGUGGAUGAGUAUCCAGAGCCAAUGCAGGCAACGCUUAAGACGAAGACUACCAAGAUCGUCAAGAAGAAGGUCAAGAAGAUCAAGCAAGGCGAGCCCAGCUCCGAAGAAGUUCCUCAGGAAGAGGUAGACGAGUUGGUCCUCGAACAGACUCCCAUGGAGCAACCAGUUAUUGAGGAGCUCCCAGAGCAUGUUGAGGUCGUUGAGACCAUCACUAAGGAAGGGAAGCCCAAGAAGCACGUCACCAAAACCAAGGUCAUCAAGAAGAAGACGGCCGGAAAGGUCGAGGAGGUCAAGAUUGUGACUGUGCAAGAAGACGAUCAAGUACCCGAGACCACGGUCACCAUGACUGAGGAGGAGACGGCUCCUGAAACAGUUCCAACCGUGUCUGAGGAGACUCCGUCGGUUGAAGUCCUCAAACCUAAGAAAAAGAAGAUCAAAACCAUCAAGAAGAAGGGAGAGGAUACGACAACUAUUGUUCAGAAGCUGCUUAAGCUCGAAGUCACUAGCACAGAACUGCAACCGUACGAACACGUCGACGGAACAGCGCCUAAACUGGACAUCAUACCUCAGACUGCUGUAGAAGCUCUUGAAAUUGAGGAGCUUCCAGAAGAGGUCAAGGUCACCGAAGUCGUCACCAAAACUGGUCAAACUAAAAAGCAAGUCACGAAAAAGAAGACCAUCAAGAAACGUGUCGGGCAAAAGGAGGAGCAUAUCGAAGUAGUCACUGUUCAACAAGACGACAUGGCUCCGGAAACCACCAUCACUGUAACCGAGGAAGAAACUCCCGAGCUCAAACCAGUUGAUGACAAGCCUAAGCCCAAGAAGAAGAAGGUCAAGACCAUCAAGACUACUGACGACUCUGACGAUAUCAUUGAGCGUCUUCUCAACCUGGAAGUGCACAAAACUGAGCUUGAACAGUACGAGAAGAUCGAUGUCGAUAUGCCGAAGCGCUUGCGACCGGUUGAGGAAACAACGAUCGAAGAGCAUCCAGAAGUCGUAGAAGAAGUCAGAUCUGACACCGGUGUAGUCAAGAAGACGGUCGUUAAGAAAAAGAUCAUCAAGAAGCGUGUUGGGCCCAAGGAAGAGGUCACUGAGGAAGUUACCGUAGAGGAAGAUGGAAAACAGCCUGAGACAACUGUCACAGUCACCGAGCAUGAGGUUCCAUAUGAGGUUACAGAGCCUUUCGAGGAGGAGCGCAAGCCUCUCGAAGCUGUUGUGGAUGAGUAUCCAGAGCCAAUGCAGGCAACGCUUAAGACGAAGACUACCAAGAUCGUCAAGAAGAAGGUCAAGAAGAUCAAGCAAGGCGAGCCCAGCUCCGAAGAAGUUCCUCAGGAAGAGGUAGACGAGUUGGUCCUCGAACAGACUCCCAUGGAGCAACCAGUUAUUGAGGAGCUCCCAGAGCAUGUUGAGGUCGUUGAGACCAUCACUAAGGAAGGGAAGCCCAAGAAGCACGUCACCAAAACCAAGGUCAUCAAGAAGAAGACGGCCGGAAAGGUCGAGGAGGUCAAGAUUGUGACUGUGCAAGAAGACGAUCAAGUACCCGAGACCACGGUCACCAUGACUGAGGAGGAGACGGCUCCUGAAACAGUUCCAACCGUGUCUGAGGAGACUCCGUCGGUUGAAGUCCUCAAACCUAAGAAAAAGAAGAUCAAAACCAUCAAGAAGAAGGGGGAGGAUACGACAACUAUUGUUCAGAAGCUGCUUAAGCUCGAAGUCACUAGCACAGAACUGCAACCGUACGAACACGUCGACGGAACAGCGCCUAAACUGGACAUCAUACCUCAGACUGCUGUAGAAGCCCUUGAAAUUGAGGAGCUUCCAGAAGAGGUCAAGGUCACCGAAGUCGUCACCAAAACUGGUCAAACUAAAAAGCAAGUCACGAAAAAGAAGACCAUCAAGAAACGUGUCGGGCAAAAGGAGGAGCAUAUCGAGGUAGUCACUGUUCAACAAGACGACAUGGCUCCGGAAACCACCAUCACUGUAACCGAGGAAGAAACUCCCGAACUCAAACCAGUUGAUGACAAGCCUAAGCCCAAGAAGAAGAAGGUCAAGACCAUCAAGACUACUGACGACUCUGACGAUAUCAUUGAGCGUCUUCUCAACCUGGAAGUGCACAAAACUGAGCUUGAACAGUACGAGAAGAUCGAUGUCGAUAUGCCGAAGCGCUUGCGACCGGUUGAGGAAACAACGAUCGAAGAGCAUCCAGAAGUCGUAGAAGAAGUCAGAUCUGACACCGGUGUAGUCAAGAAGACGGUCGUUAAGAAAAAGAUCAUCAAGAAGCGUGUUGGGCCCAAGGAAAAGGUCACUGAGGAAGUUACCGUAGAGGAAGAUGGAAAACAGCCUGAGACAACUGUCACAGUCACCGAGCAUGAGGUUCCAUAUGAGGUUACAGAGCCUUUCGAGGAGGAGCGCAAGCCUCUCGAAGCUGUUAUGGAUGAGUAUCCAGAGCCAAUGCAGUCAACGCUUAAGACGAAGACUACCAAGAUCGUCAAGAAGAAGGUCAAGAAGAUCAAGCAAGGCGAGCCCAGCUCCGAAGAAGUUCCUCAGGAAGAGGUAGACGAGUUGGUCCUCGAACAGACUCCCAUGGAGCAACCAGUUAUUGAGGAGCUCCCAGAGCAUGUUGAGGUCGUUGAGACCAUCAAUAAGGAAGGAAAGCCCAAGAAGCACGUCACCAAAACCAAGGUCAUCAAGAAGAAGACGGCCGGAAAGGUCGAGGAGGUCAAGAUUGUGACUGUGCAAGAAGACGAUCAAGUACCCGAGACCACGGUCACCAUGACUGAGGAAGAGACGGCUCCUGAAACAGUUCCAACCGUGUCUGAGGAGACUCCGUCUAUUGAAUUUGUGAAAACUAAGAAAAAGAAGAUCAAAACCAUCAAGAGGAAGGGCAAUGACACGGAUGAUAUUGUGCAGGAGCUUCUUAAGUUAAGUGCUCCUAUCUCUUCUGAGGAACCAUUCGAUCGGCCGACGAUCGAGGAACUAAUCCCUGCUCCAUGCGAGCUCCUGCAAGCCAUCAAGCCGAAACAAAAAGGAAAAUCUAAGAAGCAAACACACACUACCACUCCACAGCUUGAUACACAAGACACACACUCACAAUCACUUAUUCUACAUGAUACUGAGGAUGCCGAAACGCACGAACACACAUCUCCUGAAUACAUCACUACAUUUGAAACAUGUACAGACAACAACCAGACAUUCAUAAAGUCCAAAAACACAAAGAUCAUUAAGGAACAUGGGGCAGUAAUCGAAGAAACAUUCGAUGAUACCAUUACUCACACUAUUCCUCAAAUGCCAUCGGAAGUUCUGAUCGAAGAGAUUGAAGAAUCUGCACCACUACUCCAAAUCACACAACUCGAAGAAACACCUCAAAUCGUACAGGAAGUCUCCACAAAACAUAAACCCAAGAAGAAACAAACACAAACACAAGCAAACGAACAAACUGAGACUGUAACAGUUGAGCAAGUUCAACUGAUUCCAGGAGAAACAGAACAUACGGCCGAGAUGCGUACUGUAGUCACAAAGAGGGCUAAAUCGAAAAAGUCUAAGGUUACUGUUAUACAAGGGGUCACUGAAACUGUUGUUGUCGAAGAUGAAGACGUAGUUCCGCUUGAAACUCAACCGGCUCCUGCUCAUGAACAAGCCGUAAUUAUUUCUGAGCUUCCUGAGCAAAUAUCCGUGCAAGAAGUGAUCACUGCCACUGGAGAAGCCAAAAAGCAGAUCACAAAAAAGAAAACCAUCAAGAAACGUGUCGGGCAAAAGGAGGAGCAUAUCGAGGUAGUCACUGUUCAACAAGACGACAUGGCUCCGGAAACCACCAUCACUGUAACCGAGGAAGAAACUCCCGAGCUCAAACCAGUUGAUGACAAGCCUAAGCCCAAGAAGAAGAAGGUCAAGACCAUCAAGACUACUGACGACUCUGACGAUAUCAUUGAGCGUCUUCUCAACCUGGAAGUGCACAAAACUGAGCUUGAACAGUACGAAAAGAUCGAUGUCGAUAUGCCGAAGCGCUUGCGACCGGUUGAGGAAACAACGAUCGAAGAGCAUCCAGAAGUCGUAGAAGAAGUCAGAUCUGACACCGGUGUAGUCAAGAAGACGGUCGUUAAGAAAAAGAUCAUCAAGAAGCGUGUUGGGCCCAAGGAAGAGGUCACUGAGGAAGUUACCGUAGAGGAAGAUGGAAAACAGCCUGAGACAACUGUCACAGUCAGCGAGCAUGAGGUUCCAUAUGAGGUUACAGAGCCUUUCGAGGAGGAGCGCAAGCCUCUCGAAGCUGUUGUGGAUGAGUAUCCAGAGCCAAUGCAGGCAACGCUUAAGACGAAGACUACCAAGAUCGUCAAGAAGAAGGUCAAGAAGAUCAAGCAAGGCGAGCCCAGCUCCGAAGAAGUUCCUCAGGAAGAGGUAGACGAGUUGGUCCUCGAACAGACUCCCAUCGAGCAACCAGUUAUUGAGGAGCUCCCAGAGCAUGUUGAGGUCGUUGAGACCAUCACUAAGGAAGGAAAGCAGAAGCACGUCACCAAAACCAAGGUCAUCAAGAAGAAGACGGCCGGAAAGGUCGAGGAGGUCAAGAUUGUGACUGUGCAAGAAGACGAUCAAGUACCCGAGACCACGGUCACCAUGACUGAGAAGGAGACGGCUCCUGAAACAGUUCCAACCGUGUCUGAGGAGACUCCGUCGGUUGAAGUCCUCAAACCAAAGAAAAAGAAGAUCAAAACCAUCAAGAAGAAGGGAGAGGAUACGACAACUAUUGUUCAGAAGCUGCUUAAGCUCGAAGUCACUAGCACAGAACUGCAACCGUACGAACACGUCGACGGAACAGCGCCUAAACUGGACAUCAUACCUCAGACUGCUGUAGAAGCUCUUGAAAUUGAGGAGCUUCCAGAAGAGGUCAAGGUUACCGAAGUCGUCACCAAAACUGGUCAAACCAAAAAGCAAGUCACGAAAAAGAAGACCAUCAAGAAACGUGUCGGGCAAAAGGAAGAGCAUAUCGAGGUAGUCACUGUUCAACAAGACGACAUGGCUCCGGAAACCACCAUCACUGUAACCGAGGAAGAAACUCCCGAGCUCAAACCAGUUCAUGACAAGCCUAAGCCCAAGAAGAAGAAGGUCAAGACCAUCAAGACUACUGACGACUCUGACGAUAUCAUUGAGCGUCUUCUCAACCUGGAAGUGCACAAAACUGAGCUUGAACAGUACGAAAAGAUCGAUGUCGAUAUGCCGAAGCGCUUGCGACCGGUUGAGGAAACAACGAUCGAAGAGCAUCCAGAAGUCGUAGAAGAAGUCAGAUCUGACACCGGUGUAGUCAAGAAGACGGUCGUUAAGAAAAAGAUCAUCAAGAAGCGUGUUGGGCCCAAGGAAGAGGUCACUGAGGAAGUUACCGUAGAGGAAGAUGGAAAACAGCCUGAGACAACUGUCACAGUCAGCGAGCAUGAGGUUCCAUAUGAGGUUACAGAGCCUUUCGAGGAGGAGCGCAAGCCUCUCGAAGCUGUUGUGGAUGAGUAUCCAGAGCCAAUGCAGGCAACGCUUAAGACGAAGACUACCAAGAUCGUCAAGAAGAAGGUCAAGAAGAUCAAGCAAGGCGAGCCCAGCUCCGAAGAAGUUCCUCAGGAAGAGGUAGACGAGUUGGUCCUCGAACAGACUCCCAUCGAGCAACCAGUUAUUGAGGAGCUCCCAGAGCAUGUUGAGGUCGUUGAGACCAUCACUAAGGAAGGAAAGCCCAAGAAGCACGUCACCAAAACCAAGGUCAUCAAGAAGAAGACGGCCGGAAAGGUCGAGGAGGUCAAGAUUGUGACUGUGCAAGAAGACGAUCAAGUACCCGAGACCACGGUCACCAUGACUGAGGAGGAGACGGCUCCUGAAACAGUUCCAACCGUGUCUGAGGAGACUCCGUCGGUUGAAGUCCUCAAACCUAAGAAAAAGAAGAUCAAAACCAUCAAGAAGAAGGGAGAGGAUACGACAACUAUUGUUCAGAAGCUGCUUAAGCUCGAAGUCACUAGCACAGAACUGCAACCGUACGAACACGUCGACGGAACAGCGCCUAAACUGGACAUCAUACCUCAGACUGCUGUAGAAGCUCUUGAAAUUGAGGAGCUUCCAGAAGAGGUCAAGGUUACCGAAGUCGUCACCAAAACUGGUCAAACCAAAAAGCAAGUCACGAAAAAGAAGACCAUCAAGAAACGUGUCGGGCAAAAGGAAGAGCAUAUCGAGGUAGUCACUGUUCAACAAGACGACAUGGCUCCGGAAACCACCAUCACUGUAACCGAGGAAGAAACUCCCGAGCUCAAACCAGUUGAUGACAAGCCUAAGCCCAAGAAGAAGAAGGUCAAGACCAUCAAGACUACUGACGACUCUGACGAUAUCAUUGAGCGUCUUCUCAACCUGGAAGUGCACAAAACUGAGCUUGAACAGUACGAAAAGAUCGAUGUCGAUAUGCCGAAGCGCUUGCGACCGGUUGAGGAAACAACGAUCGAAGAGCAUCCAGAAGUCGUAGAAGAAGUCAGAUCUGACACCGGUGUAGUCAAGAAGACGGUCGUUAAGAAAAAGAUCAUCAAGAAGCGUGUUGGGCCCAAGGAAGAGGUCACUGAGGAAGUUACCGUAGAGGAAGAUGGAAAACAGCCUGAGACAACUGUCACAGUCACCGAGCAUGAGGUUCCAUAUGAGGUUACAGAGCCAUUCGAGGAGGAGCGCAAGCCUCUCGAAGCUGUUGUGGAUGAGUAUCCAGAUCCAAUGCAGGCAACGCUUAAGACGAAGACUACCAAGAUCGUCAAGAAGAAGGUCAAGAAGAUCAAGCAAGGCGAGCCCAGCUCCGAAGAAGUUCCUCAGGAAGAGGUAGACGAGUUGGUCCUCGAACAGACUCCCAUCGAGCAACCAGUUAUUGAGGAGCUCCCAGAGCAUGUUGAGGUCGUCGAGACCAUCACUAAGGAAGGGAAGCCCAAGAAGCACGUCACCAAAACCAAGGUCAUCAAGAAGAAGACGGCCGGAAAGGUCGAGGAGGUCAAGAUUGUGACUGUGCAAGAAGAUGAUCAAGUACCCGAGACCACGGUCACCAUGACUGAGGAGGAGACGGCUCCUGAAACAGUUCCAACCGUGUCUGAGGAGACUCCGUCGGUUGAAGUCCUCAAACCUAAGAAAAAGAAGAUCAAAACCAUCAAGAAGAAGGGAGAGGAUACGACAACUAUUGUUCAGAAGCUGCUUAAGCUCGAAGUCACUAGCACAGAACUGCAACCGUACGAACACGUCGACGGAACAGCGCCUAAACUGGACAUCAUACCUCAGACUGCUGUAGAAGCUCUUGAAAUUGAGGAGCUUCCAGAAGAGGUCAAGGUCACCGAAGUCGUCACCAAAACUGGUCAAACCAAAAAGCAAGUCACGAAAAAGAAGACCAUCAAGAAACGUGUCGGGCAAAAGGAGGAGCAUAUCGAGGUAGUCACUGUUCAACAAGACGACAUGGCUCCGGAAACCACCAUCACUGUAACCGAGGAAGAAACUCCCGAGCUCAAACCAGUUGAUGACAAGCCUAAGCCCAAGAAGAAGAAGGUCAAGACCAUCAAGACUACUGACGACUCUGACGAUAUCAUUGAGCGUCUUCUCAACCUGGAAGUGCACAAAACUGAGCUUGAACAGUACGAGAAGAUCGAUGUCGAUAUGCCGCAGCGCUUGCGACCGGUUGAGGAAACAACGAUCGAAGAGCAUCCAGAAGUCGUAGAAGAAGUCAGAUCUGACACCGGUGUAAUCAAGAAGACGGUCGUUAAGAAAAAGAUCAUCAAGAAGCGUGUUGGGCCCAAGGAAGAGGUCACUGAGGAAGUUACCGUAGAGGAAGAUGGAAAACAGCCUGAGACAACUGUCACAGUCACCGAGCAUGAGGUUCCAUAUGAGGUUACAGAGCCUUUCGAGGAGGAGCGCAAGCCUCUCGAAGCUGUUGUGGAUGAGUAUCCAGAGCCAAUGCAGGCAACGCUUAAGACGAAGACUACCAAGAUCGUCAAGAAGAAGGUCAAGAAGAUCAAGCAAGGCGAGCCCAGCUCCGAAGAAGUUCCUCAGGAAGAGGUAGACGAGUUGGUCCUCGAACAGACUCCCAUGGAGCAACCAGUUAUUGAGGAGCUCCCAGAGCAUGUUGAGGUCGUUGAGACCAUCAAUAAGGAAGGAAAGCCCAAGAAGCACGUCACCAAAACCAAGGUCAUCAAGAAGAAGACGGCCGGAAAGGUCGAGGAGGUCAAGAUUGUGACUGUGCAAGAAGACGAUCAAGUACCCGAGACCACGGUCACCAUGACUGAGGAGGAGACGGCUCCUGAAACAGUUCCAACCGUGUCUGAGGAGACUCCGUCGGUUGAAGUCCUCAAACCAAAGAAAAAGAAGAUCAAAACCAUCAAGAAGAAGGGAGAGGAUACGACAACUAUUGUUCAGAAGCUGCUUAAGCUCGAAGUCACUAGCACAGAACUGCAACCGUACGAACACGUCGACGGAACAGCGCCUAAACUGGACAUCAUACCUCAGACUGCUGUAGAAGCUCUUGAAAUUGAGGAGCUUCCAGAAGAGGUCAAGGUUACCGAAGUCGUCACCAAAACUGGUCAAACCAAAAAGCAAGUCACGAAAAAGAAGACCAUCAAGAAACGUGUCGGGCAAAAGGAGGAGCAUAUCGAGGUACUCACUGUUCAACAAGACGACAUGGCUCCGGAAACCACCAUCACUGUAACCGAGGAAGAAACUCCCGAGCUCAAACCAGUUGAUGACAAGCCUAAGCCCAAGAAGAAGAAGGUCAAGACCAUCAAGACUACUGACGACUCUGACGAUAUCAUUGAGCGUCUUCUCAACCUGGAAGUGCACAAAACUGAGCUUGAACAGUACGAAAAGAUCGAUGUCGAUAUGCCGAAGCGCUUGCGACCGGUUGAGGAAACAACGAUCGAAGAGCAUCCAGAAGUCGUAGAAGAAGUCAGAUCUGACACCGGUGUAGUCAAGAAGACGGUCGUUAAGAAAAAGAUCAUCAAGAAGCGUGUUGGGCCCAAGGAAGAGGUCACUGAGGAAGUUACCGUAGAGGAAGAUGGAAAACAGCCUGAGACAACUGUCACAGUCAGCGAGCAUGAGGUUCCAUAUGAGGUUACAGAGCCUUUCGAGGAGGAGCGCAAGCCUCUCGAAGCUGUUGUGGAUGAGUAUCCAGAGCCAAUGCAGUCAACGCUUAAGACGAAGACUACCAAGAUCGUCAAGAAGAAGGUCAAGAAGAUCAAGCAAGGCGAGCCCAGCUCCGAAGAAGUUCCUCAGGAAGAGGUAGACGAGUUGGUCCUCGAACAGACUCCCAUGGAGCAACCAGUUAUUGAGGAGCUCCCAGAGCAUGUUGAGGUCGUUGAGACCAUCAAUAAGGAAGGAAAGCCCAAGAAGCACGUCACCAAAACCAAGGUCAUCAAGAAGAAGACGGCCGGAAAGGUCGAGGAGGUCAAGAUUGUGACUGUGCAAGAAGACGAUCAAGUACCCGAGACCACGGUCACCAUGACUGAGGAAGAGACGGCUCCUGAAACAGUUCCAACCGUGUCUGAGGAGACUCCGUCUAUUGAAUUUGUGAAAACUAAGAAAAAGAAGAUCAAAACCAUCAAGAGGAAGGGCAAUGACACGGAUGAUAUUGUGCAGGAGCUUCUUAAGUUAAGUGCUCCUAUCUCUUCUGAGGAACCAUUCGAUCGGCCGACGAUCGAGGAACUAAUCCCUGCUCCAUGCGAGCUCCUGCAAGCCAUCAAGCCGAAACAAAAAGGAAAAUCUAAGAAGCAAACACACACUACCACUCCACAGCUUGAUACACAAGACACACACUCACAAUCACUUAUUCUACAUGAUACUGAGGAUGCCGAAACGCACGAACACACAUCUCCUGAAUACAUCACUACAUUUGAAACAUGUACAGACAACAACCAGACAUUCAUAAAGUCCAAAAACACAAAGAUCAUUAAGGAACAUGGGGCAGUAAUCGAAGAAACAUUCGAUGAUACCAUUACACACACUAUUCCUCAAAUGCCAUCGGAAGUUCUGAUCGAAGAGAUUGAAGAAUCUGCACCACUACUCCAAAUCACACAACUCGAAGAAACACCUCAAAUCGUACAGGAAGUCGCCACAAAACAUAAACCCAAGAAGAAACAAACACAAACACAAGCAAACGAACAAACUGAGACUGUAACAGUUGAGCAAGUUCAACUGAUUCCAGGAGAAACAGAACAUACGGCCGAGAUGCGUACUGUAGUCACAAAGAGGGCUAAAUCGAAAAAGUCUAAGGUUACUGUUAUACAAGGGGUCACUGAAACUGUUGUUGUCGAAGAUGAAGACGAAGUUCCGCUUGAAACUCAACCGGCUCCUGCUCAUGAACAAGCCGUAAUUAUUUCUGAGCUUCCUGAGCAAAUAUCCGUGCAAGAAGUGAUCACUGCCACUGGAGAAGCCAAAAAGCAGAUCACAAAAAAGAAAACCAUCAAGAAACGUGUCGGGCAAAAGGAGGAGCAUAUCGAGGUAGUCACUGUUCAACAAGACGACAUGGCUCCGGAAACCACCAUCACUGUAACCGAGGAAGAAACUCCCGAGCUCAAACCAGUUGAUGACAAGCCUAAGCCCAAGAAGAAGAAGGUCAAGACCAUCAAGACUACUGACGACUCUGACGAUAUCAUUGAGCGUCUUCUCAACCUGGAAGUGCACAAAACUGAGCUUGAACAGUACGAGAAGAUCGAUGUCGAUAUGCCGAAGCGCUUGCGACCGGUUGAGGAAACAACGAUCGAAGAGCAUCCAGAAGUCGUAGAAGAAGUCAGAUCUGACACCGGUGUAGUCAAGAAGACGGUCGUUAAGAAAAAGAUCAUCAAGAAGCGUGUUGGGCCCAAGGAAGAGGUCACUGAGGAAGUUACCGUAGAGGAAGAUGGAAAACAGCCUGAGACAACUGUCACAGUCACCGAGCAAGAGGUUCCAUAUGAGGUUACAGAGCCUUUCGAGGAGGAGCGCAAGCCUCUCGAAGCUGUUGUGGAUGAGUAUCCAGAGCCAAUGCAGGCAACGCUUAAGACGAAGACUACCAAGAUCGUCAAGAAGAAGGUCAAGAAGAUCAAGCAAGGCGAGCCCAGCUCCGAAGAAGUUCCUCAGGAAGAGGUAGACGAGUUGGUCCUCGAACAGACUCCCAUGGAGCAACCAGUUAUUGAGGAGCUCCCAGAGCAUGUUGAGGUCGUUGAGACCAUCACUAAGGAAGGAAAGCCCAAGAAACACGUCACCAAAACCAAGGUCAUCAAGAAGAAGACGGCCGGAAAGGUCGAGGAGGUCAAGAUUGUGACUGUGCAAGAAGACGAUCAAGUACCCGAGACCACGGUCACCAUGACUGAGGAGGAGACGGCUCUUGAAACAGUUCCAACCGUGUCUGAGGAGACUCCGUCGGUUGAAGUCCUCAAACCUAAGAAAAAGAAGAUCAAAACCAUCAAGAAGAAGGGCGAUGACACGGACGACAUUAUUCAAAGGCUUUUGAAUUUGGAAGUGAAAAAGACUGAACUAGAGCAAUAUGAAAAGAUUGAUGUGGAGUUCAAGAGUAAGACAAAGCACACGGAAGAACACGUGAUUGAAGAUCAGCCAGAGUUUGCCGAAGUUUCGGAUGUAUCUGUGCAGCGUGCAGUGAAGAAGAUUACCAAAACUAAAACCAUCAAACCCAAGCCGGCACCGGACGUUGAGCAAAAACCUUCCAUUGAAAUAGUCGAUGAAGAACAUGUACCAGAGCUUCCAGAAUCGAUCCAAGAACAGGAGGAAGCAUAUGAGCUAGCAGAAGAAUACGCGUACGAAAUGCCUCAAGAACAAAUUCCAGUUGUUGAGGAGCUUCCUGAAGAAAUCACGGUUAAUGAAGUGGUUACACUUAGUGGCAAGAUCAAAAAGCAAACUACUAAGAAACGUACUGUAAAGAAGACCAUUGGCGACAAGCAAGAGCUAGUCGAAGUAGUGACGGUUGAGGAAGAAGGCCAACAGCCCGAAACAACCAUAACUAUCACAGAAUCGGAAGAACAGCCAGAACUGCCAGCUACCAUUGAACAAAUGGAAGUUGAGUCUCCCAUUAAACCGAAAGAGCCUCGAAAGUUGAAAAAGAAGAAAGUAAAGUCGAUAAAGACUACGGACGAUGUGGAUGAUAUUAUCGAACGAUUGCUUAAUCUCGAGGUGAAGAAGACCGAACUGGAACGUUACGAACGCGUUGAAGUAGAGCUCAAGAAACGCCACAAAACGCUAGUGGAAGAAACCCUGCACAUGCCUGUAGCAGAGAUGGCUGUGCUGGAGGUGAUGGAGCUUCCCAAACCAGAAACUGUUCGCAAAACUUCCAUCACCACAGUUCCACAAGAACCGGAACAAACUAAGAAGGUUGUUAAGAAAAAGAAACCAACAUCUUUACCAGAAGCACAAGUUACAGAGGAACCGAUUCCGAUCCCUAGUGUAGCUGUGGAAGAAACCGUUGCUUCAGAAGAAACCACGGUAUUAGACGACAGUCUCAACGAAGAGCCAACAACGCCAAGUACGGCGAUUAUUAAAAAGAAAGUCACUAGAAAAUCUGUCCGCAAAGAACAACCCAUAGCAGCUGAAGAUGUGCCAUCUGAGCAACCUUCUGAGAAAGCAGAGGUACCAGAAACGGUUGUGAUGUUUGAAAGUGAUCUAACAGAAGUUGAUGUAGCUCGCGAAAUUUCAAUAGCAGUACCACAGUCACAGGAAGCUUUCGUUGAAGAGUACGACGAUUCAUUCUUAACAUACGAAGAGAAAUCGCUCAAGAAACUACAAGAAGAAAAGCUCAAAGCAGCUCCAGAGACGCAAGCCGAACCCAAGAAGGUUGAAAAGAAGGUUAAGAAAAAACCCAAGAAGGACAAGCCAUCUGAAGAAGACGAACAGCUGCAGCGCUUGUUGAACUUGGAGAUUGAAAAGACGCAACUAGAGCAAUACGAGAAGGUUGAGCUCGAAAGCAAACCCAAGCCAGAAAAGCUGAAACCAGUAUUGGUGCCUCAAAAAAUUGAGCGCAAAGAACAAAAAGCUCAAAAGAUGCUUAUCUCAGAGCCAGAAGAACAGCCACAAAUGGUACGGCUUCGAAAGGUUAAGGUACCGGAACGCAAGGAAAUAGAGGAAGUAGUCGUUCCCAAGGUACUGCUCAAGAGUCGCAUGAUCGCGGUGGAAUAUCCGCCAGAAGCGUUGCAACCGGUCAUUACCGAUCUGACACCCGUGAGAGCAAUUGGCGAGCUGUCGAGAAUUGAGGAAGAAGAAUCUGCUGAGAAGCUGAAAAAGAUUAAGAAGAUCAAAACUAGCAAGAGCAAGAAGCUGGAACUGGAAACGCCAGAAACGAUGGACUAUGAGGACGAAAAGCCAGAAAAGGAAGAGUUCGACCAGGAAGCUCACAGGUAUCAGCGUAAACCUAAAGAAAUCUCGGACGACAAACCGGAAGAGAAAACGCUCAAGCUAGGCAAGGGUAAGCUAAAGAAGGAUGAGGACGACAUUGAGCAGGUGAAGCUGAAGAAAACGCCCAAAAAGCCCAAAGAGGAAGAGCCGGAAGAGCAAAAGACCAUGACGAAGCCAAAGCAAAAACCAACAGAAGUCGAAACAGACGACAAGCAGCGUCAUGUCGAAAAGCCCGUCUAUAAACCCACUGACAUACCAGACUAUACGGUUGAUAUGGAGGAAUAUAAGGCUCCAGAACCAAUUCCAGACGAACCGGUGGAGGAAGCAAAGAAAAAGCCAAAGCCCAAGAGGAAACCGAAAACACCGGACGAAAAGGAAGAGGAACCGAAACCGUUGGUUAUGGGUAAGGGUAAGCCUAAACCGGAAGAGCCCGAGGAAGAUGUCAAGUUUAGAAUUCCUGUUGGUAAGAAAGAGGACGAGGAGCCAACCGAGAUCAAGUUGAAACCGUUCAAAAAGCCUGCUUCCAAAGAUGAAGAGCCAGCUAAAGAUGCUGAUAGAGAAAUGGCUCUCCCGGCUAGUGCUGAAAAGCCUCAGGAACCAGAAGUGGAAACUACUUCACCGCAAAAGGUCAAAAAGAUCAUAAAGAAAACUAAACCAAAACAGAAACCAGACGCACAGGAACAGCUGGACGAACCGGCCGAAGAAGAAACGCCCCAAUCGGUGCCUGACAUUGUUGAAGACGUUCCUGACAUUGUUCAUGCUGUAGUGCCGAAAACUAUCACCGAUGAGGAGUUCCAAAAGCCGGAAGAACUAGAUCUUACCCCACAGCCGCAGUUUGAUUUCGUAAUAGAGCAGCUGCCCGAGGAGGUUAAGGUUACACAGGUCAAAACGGAAGCCGGCACAGUUGAGCAGCAAACAGUGAAGAAGCGCAUCAUCAAAAAGAAGAAAGACGACAAGGAAGAACUCAUUGAGAUAGUGACCGUGCAGAAGGGCGACGAGCUUCCCGAGGCAACAGUAACAGUUACACAAGUGACCCCGGACGACAGUACUACCACUGCAGCGCAGCCAGAAAGUGCCGCGAAGCGCAAGGUACGCAUCAAGAAAACAGUCAAACCGGACACGCUAGAAGCGGACAUUGAGCGACUCCUGAAUCAGGAAAUUUCCAAAACGGAGCUCGAGGUCUACGAAAAGACAGACUUUGAGCCGGCAAAGCGCGUCAAAGAGCAGCCGGUUGAGGCGGCUGCUCCCGAAACAGCCGUACUGGAAGAGCCUGCUCCUACCGCACCGCAGCAGGUGAAGGUUAAGUCGAAGGCCUCCAAGAAACAACACCCAGUCACCCCAUUACAAGCCAUACCACUCGAACCAGCCAUUGGACACGAAGCUACCCAACAGACACUCGAUACCACCACACACACAGUCGAAGACAGGCGGCCAAUCAGUGCGGAUACCGUAGAUUUGCAGGAGGACACAUUCGAGACGAAUGAAUUCGUUGAGACCGGUCCGUUGCAGGAUGUUGUGCAGCCGGUCGAUGUGCCGGAAGCCGCGAUGGAGAAGCCGGAGGUAUCGCUGAAGCCUCAGGUGGCAGCCGCUCCGGUCGAAGAGGUGUUGGACGUGGCGGUGGAACAGACGGACGCUGUGGCAGCCGAGCUUCCGCAGGAAGAGCAGGCGGCCGCGUCCGAAAUUCCAUCCGCCGUUACCGAAACACCAAUCGUGAGUAAACCCAUUCUUGAAGCAGCUCCAAUCGAAGCCGUUCUUGAGCAGCAGGUUGAGGAGACGGGUACGGCCGACACACUAAAGCUGGAGGGAGAGCAGCUCGCACCGGUCGAGGUGCCCGAUGACGCCACCGAGAAGCCGCUGGUACAGGCCAAACCAACGCUCGAGGCUGCCCCGAUGGAAGAGCUGCUCGAGCAGCAGGUCGAGGAAACGGACAAUGUGCCUUCGCUGGCGCUCGAUACCGUGCAGGUAGCGCCGAGCGAUGUGUCGGAGCACGCAACCGAAAAGCCUACGGUACAGGACAAGCCCCUGUUAGAGGCUGCCCCUGUGGACGAUCAGUUCGAUGUGUCCAUCGAGGAAGCGGACACGGUUGCUUCGCUCACUCUGAACGAGGAGCAUCUGACGCCAGUCGAUGUGACGAUCGGAGCAACCGAAGUGCCGGCAGUGCAAGGCAAACCGACGGUUGCUGCAGCCCCAGCCGAAACCGUUCUAGAGCAAGCGGUGGAAGAGGCUGCAGCCGUGCAGGAGCCUGUGCUGGAGACGGAGUCGCUUGUGCCGGUGGAAGAGCAGCGGGCAGAGCCGACGGAAGAGGCGCUGGUACAGCCGGCCGCUACCGUCGAAACUGCUCCGGCCGAAGCGCCCAAGAAGGUGGUGAAGAAGGUGGUGAAGGUCACGAAGAAGUCCAAGAAGUCCAUCGACGAUGACGAGGAGCUGCAGCGCCUGCUCAACCUGGAGAUCGAGAAAACGCAGCUGGAACAGUACGAGAAGAUCGACGUCGACGGCAAGCCGAAGGUUAAGCCGGAGAAGGGUGAGAUUGUUAAGCUAGAGCCUAUUAAGAUCGAACGUAAGGAACAGAAACCGAUUCAGCCAGAAAUCACUGACACACAAGAACCACAAACAGUUAAACUGCGCAAAACCGUCAUACCAGAGAAGCGGGAGGUGGAAGAGCCAGCCGUACCGAAGGUACUGCUGAAGAGCCGCAUCGAGCGGGUGGAGCUCGCCGUCGAAGGGCAGCAGCCCGAGAUCGUGCAGCUGGACACCCGGCCGGGUCAGGGAGUGUUGUCGCGCAUCGAGGAAGACGAGGUGGAGCGUACGAAGAAGGUGAUCAAGAAGGUAAAGGUGAUCAAGAAGGAAAAGCCCGAACUGGAAACGCUGGACAUUGAGCGGUACGAGAAGGAACCGAAGGAAGACGAGCCGAAGGACGAACAAAAGCCACAGUACCAGCGGCAGCAAAAGGAAGCUCCGAAGGAUGAACCGGAAGAGCGCACGCUGCAGCUGGGCAAGGGUAAGUUAAAGACGGACGAGGAGCAUCACGAGGAGGUGAAGCUGAAGAAAACGCCCACCAAACCGAAGGAAGAAACGGUCGAGGAAGUGAAGCCAAAGAAAAAGGUCGACGAAAAGCCAAAGGAAGAGGAGAUGGACAGCAAGAAGCGCAGCGUGGAAAAGCCAAAGUUCACACCGACCGAUAUUCCAGACUAUGAGACGCCUCUCGAGCCGUACGUGAAGCCGGAACCGGAACCGGAGGAAAAACCGGUACAGGAACCGGAGAAACCAAAGGUACCGAAGGAGCCGAAGGUGCCCGAGGUUCCCGAGGAACCCGAGCACAAGAUCGUUCUAGGUAAGGGCAAGAAGCCAGAACCGGAACCUGAGGAUGAGUUCAAGUUCCGCAAACCGGUUCCAACGAAGCCGGAGGAAGAAAAGGAAGAGAUUAAGCUGAAACCAUUCACAAAGCCAACGCCCGACACGGAACCGAAAGAGCGUGAAGCGGACCGUGAUAUGGCGCUUCCAGUUCCAAAGGAUGUGCCCGAUAGUGCAGAACUGGACGCAGCUAAGAAGAAGGUAAUCAAGAAGGUUAUCAAAAAGCCAAAGGCACCGGCCGAGGAAGAACCUAAACCAGAGGAGCCAGUCACGGUGCCCGAAGCACCGGUUCCGAUUGAAGUACCUGCUCCAGUGGUUGAAGAGGUGGUGCCUGCACCUGUUGAGGAGGUCAAGAAACCCAAGGAAGUGCAGGUGGAGCAGCCCAAGGAGCUGGUACUUCCACAACCGACUGAAGAAAAAACAGAAUCUCUCCCCGUUCCACAAGUCCCAGAAGAGAAACCAAUCGAAACGGUACAAGAACCUGCACCGGAGGUGAAGGAAGAAGCCCCGGUGGAGGUACUGGAACAGAAGGAGAAGAUCGUAAAGAAGAAGGUUGUGAAAAAGCCAAAGAAAAAACCGGAAGAAGAUGCCGAACUGGAACGCUUGCUGAAUCUGGAGAUCGAGAAAACGGAACUGGAGACGUACGAAAAGGUUGAUCUUGAGCCGAAACCCAAAGAAACACCGGCAGCGAAACCGACCGAAGUGCCUGCAAAGGUUGAAGAACCGGUCGUUGAAAAGCCAGCCGAGGUGGAGCCAGUCGUGUCCAAGGCACAGAUGGUCGAGGAAGUACUUGUGCCCGAGGAAGCACCCACUAUUGCACCGGCUGAGCCGGCGAAGCCAACAGAACCGGUAACGAAACAAGUUCCGGAGGAAGUGGUAACUGCCGUGCAGGAACCGGCGGUCGUUGUGAAGUCCGACGAACCAAAGCCCGUUCCGGUGGAGCCAAAGCCGGUUGAACAGCCGGUUGAGCCAGAAAAGGUGGAAGAGAAGAAACCGGUGAUCAAGAAGAAGGUUAUAAAGAAACCCAAGAAGGCUUCUAUUGAAGAUGACGAACAGUUGCAGCGUCUGCUAAAUCUGGAAAUUGAAAAGACGGAGCUGGAACAGUACGAAAAGGUCGAUGUAGACAUCAAGAAGCCACAGAAAACGGUCGAAACGGUUGAGGUGCCGCGUACGGCACAGGUGGCCGAAGUGGAGGAGCCAGAACCGGUCGAGGUAACACUGAAGCCGAAGAAGACCGCCAAGAAACCGACCGAACCGGAACCGGUGGAGGCAGAAUUUAAGAUCACCAAAAAGCCACGCCUGCCGGAAGCCCCACAAGAGGUGGAGGAGCAGAUCACGCUGAAACCGACACCGCAGAAGGCGGAAGAAACGGUUACCGUUGAGCGUAUCAUUAAGAUCGAGGUGGAGCAGCCGGAACCGGUCGAGCCGCCGACCAUUGAGGAGGUGGAAGCCGAUGAACCACAGCCCGUGGAGGAUGUGGAAACGGUUGAGCCGGUGGUUGAAGAGCCGGUGGAAACGGUGGCCCCCGAGGAAGAGGUUGUCCCCGUGCAGCCCUUAAUCGAGGAGGUGCACGAUGUGCAACCGAUCGUAGAGGAUGCCGUGAUUGAGGCACCAUCCGAGGAGGCUCCAACCGUGGUCGAGUCGGUCCCGAUACAGCCCAUCGUGGAAGAACCGCAGCCGGUAACGCCCCUGCGCAAGGUGUCGCUCAAACCGGUCGAACCGAAGCCAGAAGCGCCGGCAGAGAAGAAGCCGGCCGAAAAGCCCAAGAAAAAGGUGGUGGUUGUGAAGAAGAAGAAGGCAAGCAUCGACGAUGAUGCGGAGCUGCAGCGGUUGCUGAAUUUGGAAAUCGAGAAGACCGAGCUGGAACAGUACGAGCGCGUCGAUGUAGAUCUGCGCAAGCGGGAGAAGAUGACGAUCGACGACCAACCGCAACCACAGCAGGCGGUGGAAUCGACGAUCGAGCCGGAAGAGAGCGCACAGGUGAAGCUGCCACGCAAGAAGAGCAAACCGAAGGUAGAGGCUAUUGAAGAGACGGAGGUUGAGUUUAAGAUCAAGCCUAAGAAACAACCGCAGGUGGAGGAAACGGUCCAGGAAGCGACGGUGUCGCUGAAGAAACCGAAGAAACCAGCACCGGUUAUCGAGGAGACGGCAACAGAGGAGGUGGUUGUGUUGAAACCGUCCGUACCGAAACCGGAAGAGGUGGAAGAUGUGGAGGAGUCGAUCAAACUGAAGCCCAAACCAGCCCCGUACACGACCGACGAAGCGGAAGCUUCACUCAAGAUCGUCCGAGAAGAGGAACAACCGGCCGAACCGGAGCCUGUAAAGGUGGAGGAGAAGAAGCCCAAGAAGAAGGUGGUUCCGAAGAAGAAGAAGGAGGACGAUAUUGACGAGAUCACGAAGAAGCUGCUCGAGAUGGAUGUUCCGAAGACGGAGCUGGAGAAGUACGAAAAGAUCGAUCUCGACGUUGUGAAACCACCGAAGGAGACGGUCGACGAGGUGACGAUGGUCAAGCGCAAACCAAAGGUGAAACCCUCGGUCGAGGAAGAGGAAGAGGUUGAGACGAAGCUUUCUCUGCCCAAGAAGAAACCCUCCAUUACGGAGCCGGAAGAGGCAGAGGCUACGUUUAAGGUAGCACGAAAGCCCUCGGUACCGCAGCAAGCCGAAGAUGUUGAAGCAUCGCUUACGAUCACCAAGGAGGAGGAAGUGCCGGCAGAGGAAGAGAUCACCGAGCACGUUGUGGUGCGCAAACAGCGCCCCCGGCCCAAGCCCGCCUUCCGGCGCGAAGUCCUGGACGAGGAGGAGGUGCGCAUCAAGAAGAUCAAAAAGGUACGCCAACCGCGGCCCGUCUUCAAGGACAUCGAGCCCGAAAACGUUACGUUCCGGCCGAAGCGCACCAAGCACAUCGAAGACAUCGAGCAGGAGUUCAAGAUACAGCUCGAUUCGUACGCGCGCGAAGAAAUCUCCAUGUCCGGCCGGGUGAAGCUGCCGGCACCGUACAGCUACGGCGAGGAAACGGGCGAAGCGCACAUCACCAUCAUCAAGCAGGUGGACGAGGACGAUGAGGUGGUGUACGAGGUCAUCUACGAUGAUAGUGAGCAGGACGCGGAGGAAGAGUACCGGUACGAGGACGAAGACACCGAGAACGUGGUGAUCGAGCUGCGCAGACGGCGCGAAAAGCUCGAGAACCUGAUCAUGCACCACGAGGAGGAAAUCUCACUCGAUCUGACGCAGCGUAACAGAUCACAGUUCACCACCACCACACACGAAGAAGAAUCAUUCACACUGAAACAGCCCAAGAAAGUCCUACCAACAUACUCUGAAGAAACGGCAUCGCUGAAAAUUAUCCGUGAGGAAGAUGCAAACGAUAUGUACUGUAUUCAGGCUGUUGAGGCAGAGAAUGAGGAAGCACUGCACAUCGUGGAAGGAGAGAAGGUCUAUGUGAUUGAGCAUAGCAACUCGGAAUGGUGGUACGUGAAGCGAUCCUGGUGCGAAGAACGCGGUUUCGUGCGUCGCGAGUACCUGAUGGAUGCCGUCACCUAUCCGCAGUACGUGCAGAAGACGCUGAACGAGAAGAUCGACAAACUGCCGGUGUUCGAGAAGCCGGGCCCGGGCGAGAAGCCGCUCGCACCGAAGAUCAUCGAGAAGCUGCAGCCGAUCACGACGCAGGAUGGCUACACGGUGCAGUUUGAGUGCAAGGUGGAAGGAUUCCCGCGCCCGUCGAUCACCUGGUUCCGCCAGACGGCCGUCAUCAAACCGUCGCAGGACUUCCAGAUCUACUACGACGACGACAACGUUGCCACGCUGAUCAUUCGCGAGGUGUUUCCGGAGGAUGCGGGCACGUUCACGUGUGUCGCUAAAAACAUUGCCGGAUUCGCUUCGAGCGCUACCGAGCUGGUUGUUGAUUCGUACAGCUCGGACCAUGGUUCGGACGUUGCCACGCUGUCGCGCAAGAGCAUGUCGCGCGAAUCAUCGCUGGCCGACAUCCUGGAAGGCAUCCCGCCAACGUUCUCGCGCAAACCGAAGGCGCAGUACGUGGACGCAGGAUCGGAUGUGCUGCUCGAGUGCCGUCUCGUGGCCGUGCCCGAGCCGGACAUUCUCUGGUACUACAACGGGGUGGAGAUCGAGAGCAAGGACAACGUGCAGGUCGUGGUGGAGUCGGACAUGCACAUGUACUGCACCGUGGUGCACAUCAAGGGCAUCGACAAGCUGCAGGAGGGCUCGUACCAGGUGGUCGCCCGCAACCGGGAGGGUGAAUCGUCGCUCGACAUCAUGGUGAAGGUGAAGACGGGCGUGCAGGAACCGCCCCAGAUUCUGGAACCGCUCAAGAGCAUGACGAUCCGCCAGGGCGAGACGGUGAUUCUGUCCACGCAGAUCGUCGGCAAUCCGGCACCAGAGGUGCAGUGGUUCAAGAACGGCGUGGCUUUGGACGUGCCGACGCAAGCGGAUCGUAACAUGUACACCGUGACGCUGGUGGCUCCGACGCACGACAAUGCGGGCGAGUACACUGUGCGCGCCAAGAACGCUGCGGGAAGCGUUGAAACGAGCGCCUUCCUGACGGUCGAUGAAUCGAACGUUGGCAACCCGCAAGCACCACUCUUCCUGGAGCGCUUCGAAGAGCAGAGUGUGCCGCAGGGCGGUACGAUCAAGCUUCCCGCAAGGGUGACCGGUAAUCCAGUGCCCGAGAUCCUCUGGCUGCGCAACAACAACACGCUGCUGCCGUCCAAGCGCGUCAAGCAGGCGUACGACGGUGAAAACAUUGAGCUGUUGAUCAACAACGCCGACUCGGAGCAGGACUCGGGCAACUACAAGUGCAUUGCGUCGAACACGAUCGGCAAGGCAUCGCACGGUGCGCGCGUUACGGUCGAGGUGGACAAGGUAACGUUCACCAAGAAGCUGAAGAAGACGAUCACGGUGGAGGAAAGCCGUUCGGUGACGCUGGAGUGCGAAACGUCGCACACGGUGUCCACCAAGUGGUUCCACAACGGCAAGGAGCUGAGCGGCAUGGACCAUCGCAUGAUCGUGCAGGAGGGCAAGGUGCACAAGCUGAACAUCAAGAACCCGACCAUCAACGAUACGGGCGUGUACCGGUGCACGGUCAAGGAUCAGCAGACCGAGUGCAGCCUGACGGUCAUCGAGGCGAAGCCCGAGUUCCUGCGCAAGCUCGAGGACGUCGAGACGAAGGAGAAGGAGCACGCCGUGCUGGAGGUGGAGAUCACGUCCGAGACGGCCGACGUUACCUGGUACAAGGAGGGCCGCAAGCUGGUCGAUACCACCGGCAAGUACGAGUUCGCCAAGAAGGGCAAAUCGCGCGUACUGUUUGUGCGCAACACCUCCGUGCACGAUGAGGGCGAGUACACGUGCGCCCUGGCCGAUCAGGAGUGUUCGGCCGAGGUGUCCGUAAUUGAGCUGCCGCCGGAGAUCAUCAGUGCACCGCGUGACGUAACGGUUGCCCGCGGGGAGGACGCCAUCUUUGAGCUGGAGCUCACCAAGGGCGAUGCGCUGGUGCGCUGGUACCGCAACGAGGAGGAGCUGUCGUUCAACGGGCACGUGCAGCUGACGAUCGAUGGCAAGCGGCAGACGCUCAAGAUCAACAAGACGGUCGAUGCGGACGGUGGCGAGUACACGUGCGUGGUCGGUGAGCAGCGUGCAAAGGCUCGGCUGACGGUGGAGAAACCGGUCGUCGACUUUGUGCGUCGUCUGCCCGAGGUUACGCUGACGACGCGCGAUAACGAUGCCGUGUUUGCGGUGGAGUUGUCCGAGUCGGCAGAUGUGGUGUGGUACCGCAACAGCAAGGCUAUCACCGCCUCCAGCAAGUAUGAGCUGGUUGUGGAGAAGUGCAUUCGCAAGCUGAUCGUGAAGAACAGCGUCGAGGACGAUGAGGACGAGUACACGUGUACGGUGUCGAACGCGAAAACGUCGUCGAAGCUGAAGGUGGAGAUUAUCAAGGUUGCGCCAACGAUCUUCGAGGACGGUGCGCGUACGUUCACGAUCCGCAAGGAUGAGGACGUUACGUUCAGCGUGAAGUUUAACGCGACGCCCAAGCCGGAGGCUGAGUGGCGUGUGAACAAGCGCGUCAUCAUCCCGUCGGCGAAGUUUGUCUCAACCGUUACGGAGGAGACGGCCAGCCUAACGAUCAAGCGUGCGGCGGAAGUCGAUGCCGGAGAGUUUACGCUCAAGCUGACGAACGAGUGUGGCGAUGCUAGCGCUUCUUUCACGCUCAUUAUCAAGAAACAACCUGGAGCUCCAGAAGCACCAGAGGCAACGCUCAUUACCGAUGACUCGAUCACGUUGUUCUGGAAGGCACCAAGCGACGAUGGCAACAGCAAGAUCACCGAGUACUUGUUGGAAUAUCAAGAAAAGAAUCAAAAGAAAUGGACCGAGGUUACGAGCAUCACCGAAACGACCACCACCGUCACGAAGCUGACGAAGAAUGCUGAGUACACAUUCCGUGCCACCGCCAUCAACGAGGUGGGCAAGGGUCCAGCGUCACCCAACUCGCCGUACUACAAGAUCGUGGCACCGAUCCAGAAGGAAGCCCCGACGGUAAGCGAGCACCUGAAGGAUGUGCACGUCGGACUCGGCCAAACGGUAACGCUCAGCUGCAUUGUGACGGGCGUGCCCGUCCCAGACGUGGCCUGGUUCCGCAACGGACAGCCGCUCAAGCAGGACGUCGUGUCGUACGAGAACGGUUCCGCCAAGUAUCAGAUCAAGUCGACCACGGUGGAAAGCGGGGCCAAGUACACUUGCCGCGCCACCAACGAGGUGGGCAGCGUCGAGAGCAGCUGCCAGGUGGUGAUCGAGGAGAAACCGACGCUGACGGUCGAGAAGAAGCAGAUCGUGCAGAAGCUGCGCGUUGGCGACGAGUGGAAGGUUGUGGCCGAAUUCACCGGCUUCCUGGCACCGGAGCUGAUCUGGUACCGGGAGGAGGAGAAGCUCACUUCCACCGCCGAGCAUACGAUCGUUACCGUGGGUCAAUCGUCCACUAUCGUCAUCUCGUCGCUGGACCGUGCCCACACGGGCAAGUACACGGUGGAGGCACGCAAUGCGGCCGGUUCGGCAACGGUCGAGCUGACGCUGAAGGUAAUCGACAAGCCGAGCAAACCGGAGGGACCGAUUGUGGUGCGCGAGCUUAGCCCCGAGGCGGUGGUGAUCGAAUGGAAGCCACCGUCCGACGACGGUGGGCUGGAGAUUUCCCAGUUCACCAUCGAGAAGUGUGACGAUGCGAACAAGAACGCCUGGAUCAAGGUGGCGGACGUGCAGCGCAACAUCAAGUCGUACUGCAUCCAGAAGCUGAUCGACAGCACGCAGUAUCACUUCCGCGUGAUUGCGCAGAACCCGGUCGGCUGUUCCGAGCCGCUGGAGAGUGCGACGGUGAAGAUUCAGCAGACGGUGGAGCCACCGUCGCCACCGCGUGGUCCCAUUGAAACGUCCGGCAUGACGAGCAGCUCGUUCACGCUCAUGUGGCAGCCGUCCGAGUCGAACGGUGGCAGCAAGAUCACGGAGUAUGUUGUGGAGGUGAAGGAAGCGAAGAAGAAGGUCUGGAAGGUGGCUGGUACGACCAGUGCGUCCGACACUUCGCUGCUGAUCGAGAACCUGGCAAUGAACAAGGCGUACGACUUCAAGAUCACCGCCAAGAACAAGGUCGGCUCGAGUGAACCACUCCAGACGGUGGAGUCGAUUGUGGCCGGAAAGGAAAUCACUCCACCAUCUGCACCGCGCAACCUGCGCAUCACGAACGUUACCAGCAAGAGCGUCAAGCUCGAGUGGCAGCAGCCCGAAACGAACGGCGGCUCCGACGUGACCGGUUACAUCAUCGAGAAGCGGCUCACUACGGCGCAACAGUGGACCAAGAUCAAGACGCUCGAGUCCAACUGUCUGUCGUACUGUGUGGACAACAUGAAGGAAAAGACCGAGCUGCUGUUCAGGAUAUUCGCCGAGAAUGCGGUCGGGCUUAGCUCGCCCACCUUCUCGGAGAGUGUGGUGCUCAAAUCACAUGCCACGGUUCCGUCUCCACCAACUGGUCCGCUAGAGGUACGCUACCUGGGACCGAACAUUAACAUCGUCGAGUGGGGCAUUCCAGAGUCGGACGGUGGCGCCCCGAUCGAGGGCUACACCAUUGCCAUCCGCAACGCGAAGAAAACGAUGUGGAUGGAGGUGGGCCGCGUCGCGGCCGACUGCCAGUCGUUCAACAUCAAGGAUCUGCAGGAAAGCGAAGACUACCUCAUCCGCAUCAUGGCCCGCAACGAGGUCGGCCUGAGCGAUCCGCUCGAGUCGGACGAACCGUACACGGUGCAGCUCGGUGCCGCUCCGGACGAUGUGCACGACGAAACGACGAGAGACUUCUCCGAGCCGACGGGCACGAACACGUCGUCCUGGCUGCGGGAACACAACAUGACCGCCGACAUCAACAGCUACGCCCGCCAUAAGCUGCUGAGGAGAAGCGAGUACUUUUUCAAGCUGUGGGUUAACGCCAAGAGCCUGUUCAAGUAAACAGAACGAGAGAGAGAGAGAGAGAGAGAGAGAGAGAGAGAGAGAGAGAAAGUGGGAGAGGCAGAGAGAUGAAGAGUUCCAGCUUAUAGUCCAACCCCGUUAUUAACCGUUAUCAAACUGUUCAUUUGAAUUGUGGAUACACAAGGUUCCAUGCUCCAUCAAAACUGGUGGCUUACCGGAGUUCGAGUAAUAUGCUAGAUGUUGUAUGUAAAUGUUGCUGUAAAACCGAAGAUGUCUAUAUGCGAACGUCCCAUUCUACCAAUAGAUCCCUCCCAUUGCGCGAAGCCAAAGGGAGCAAAUUGUAAGAAUCUUCAUGGAACUGUGAUAAAAAGAGCAACAGCAGUUGAACCUCCUGCCCUUCGGUGCAGAGAGAGAGAGAGAAAGAAGGCGAGAAAAGUAGAAGAGAGAGAAAAAAGGCAAUACACACCCCUCCCCCCUCACAGCCCCAGUGGCUACUGUCCACUAUCCCCGCGGCUGGGUGGUCACUGGUGUGUGUGUUUCGGCGGGUGUGGAUGUUGCGCCGCAAAAUGUAAUCAUGUAUGAAUGUAUAAAUUGUAAUUGAGAAGAGAGCAGAAAAGAAACAACACAAACACACGACUAACAAUACGGCCGGCAACAUCCCGGCAACGACGACGCAGCCCCUCGACGGGGCAAUCCGCAGGACCUAUCCUGGGUUGGCCCUUGGCUGCGUUGGAACAAUUUUGGUACUGCUUCUUGUAGCUACUCCUGGGAAGAGGAAUCAUCAUCAUGACCUUACGGCGGUCGUCGCCCCAUCAUGUUCAGCAUCCACAGGUCCGAAGGGGGACAACAUUGGUGCGAAUGUUGUCCUUCAUCGGGUAAACGGUUGAGAAUUUGGGUAGGGCCCGUAGUGAGACACCGAUCAUGUAUAGAGCAAUGCGAAACAAAAUGCUCAGGAGUAGCGAACACAUACAAAAGAAAGAAUGAAAAAAAACGAGCUAAAUACUUUCUUUGCCAAUUUUAUCUAUGAUCUUUGUUGAAUUCUAUGUUACGAUCUGUCAAGAGGAGAGAAGAAAUUUGAUUAGAGAAGAAAGAGAAAGAGAUAGUUUAUUUUAAUGAAUGUUUUGCUAUACUUUCUUGUUUAUAUUUUCCUUUGAAGAA